GUCUUCUCUCUGAGGAUCAGAGAUGCCCAGAAGGCCGACGAGACCAGCUACACCGUCAGCCUCACCAAUCACAGAGGAGAACACGCCAAGUGCACCGCCAGCGCUAGAGUGACAGAGGAGAAGCUGAAGUUCUUGGAUCCCAUGGAGGACAUUGAGACUCAGGAGAAGAAGACCAUCAGCUUCGUCUGUAAGGUGAACCGGCCUGAGGUGACGGUGAGGUGGAUGAAGGCUGGCCAAGAGUUGACGCUCAGCAAACGCAUCGUCUACAGAGUCGACGGCCUCAAACAUACACUGACCAUCAAGGACUGCGUGAUGGACGACGAGGGCGAGUACACCGCCAUGGUCGGAGAUGACAAGUGCUCCGCAGAGCUGAUCAUCAGUGAGGCGCCGACGGACUUCACAGCACAGCUGAAAGACCAGACCAUCACCGAGUUUGAGGACGCCGAGUUCAGGUGCAAGCUGAGCAAAGAGAAGGCCCUGGUAAAGUGGUACAGGAACGGACGAGAGAUCAGGGAAGGACCAAGAUAUCACAUGGAAAAAGAAGGCAAGACGUGCACACUAAUCGUUAAGGUGUGCAGACCGGAUGAUGAAUGUGAAUACGCCUGUGGUGUAGACGAGAGGAGGACCAGAGCCAGACUCUUUGUAGAAGAGACACCGGUGGAGAUCGUCAGACCUCCUCAGGAUGCAUUUGAACCUCCAGGCUCAGACGUUGUGUUUGAGGUGGAGCUCAACAAGGACAGAGUGGAGGUGAAGUGGAUGAGAAACAACAUGAUCAUUGUCCAGGGAGACAAAUACCAGAUGAUCAGCGAGGGUAAAGUCCACAGACUGCAGGUCUGUGAGAUUAGACCUCGAGAUCAGGGAGAGUACAGGAUCGUGGCCAAAGACAAGGAUGCCAGAGCCAAGCUGGAGCUGGCAGCUGUUCCAAAGAUCAAAACUACCGACCAGAACCUGGUAACAGACGCUGGUAAGCCCUUCGUCAUGAGUGUGCCCUACGACGCCUACCCUCGCGCUGAGGCAGAGUGGUUCUUCGAAGGCACCAGCCUGCCUGUCCAGAACAUCGAUACCUCAACCGAUAAGACUGAGCUCCGCCUUAAGAGCCCCAGCAAGGAGGACCAGGGCCGCUACAGGGUGGUGAUCAGGAACAAGCACGGCCAGGGAGAGGCCUUCAUCAAUCUGGACGUGAUUGAUGUCCCUGGACCUGUCAAGAACCUGAGGGUGGUUGACACCGCUGAUAAUGAGGUCAGUUUGGCUUGGGAGGAGCCUGAGAGUGAUGGCGGAAGCAAGAUCCUCUCCUACGUGGUGGAGAGACGUGACGUGAAGCGUAAGACCUGGACAUUGGCUACAGACCGUGCUGAUACUUUAGAGUACUGUGUCAGUGGCCUCCAAAAGGACUCCUUCUACCUGUUCAGAGUCUGCGCUAGAAACAGAGUCGGCAGUGGACCCACCGUCGCCACAGAGGAUGCCGUCCAGGCCAAGAACAAGUUUGAUGUUCCAGAUGCACCGGAGAACGUUGCAGUUGGUGUGGUGAACAGGUUUGGUGCCACCAUCCACUGGGAGCCUCCCUUGAAUGAUGGCGGCUCUGAGAUCAUCGCCUACGUGAUCGAACUCCGUGACAGGACCUCUGUAAAGUGGGAGGCGGCCAUGGUCUGUGGUGCCAACGACCGCUCAGUCACCCUGAAUGACGUUGUUGAGAACAAGGAGUACAUCUUCAGAGUCCGGGCCGAGAACAAGGCAGGCAUCGGCAGACCCAGUGCCGCCACCACACCUGUCAAGAUCAUGGAUCCCAUUGAGAGGCCUAGCCCGCCUCUGAACCUGAACUUCAGUGACCAAAUCAAGACAGCAGUCACGCUGACCUGGGAGACGCCCACCAACAACGGCGGCAGCACGAUCACCGGAUACAUCAUUCAGAAAUGUGAAGAGGGCACCGAUAAGUGGAUGCGCUGCAACGCCAGACUGUGUCCUGACCUCUCCUACCGGCUGUCUGGUCUGAAAGCUGGUCAAAAAUACCUCUACAGAGUUAGUGCUGAGAACGCAGCUGGUGUCUCUGAUCCAUCUGAGCAGCUCGGACCCCUGCUUGCUGACGACCCUCACGUUGGUCCGACCUUUGACUUGAGUGGCUUCAGGAAAGGCCUGGAAGUGAUUGUCCCUCAGCCCCUCACCAUCAGAGUCCCCAUCACUGGAUACCCGACUCCCGUCGCCAAGUGGACCUUUGGAGAGAAGGAGCUGACCACUGAGGAUGAGCGCGUCUCCAUGGUGACAAAGCCCACAUUCACAGAGCUAACGGUCACACCAAGCGUCCGUCCCGACAAAGGCACCUACACCCUGCAGCUAGAGAACGAUGUUGCGUCCGUCUCGGGAGAGAUCGAAGUCAACGUCAUUGCGACACCUAGUGCUCCUAAAGACUUCAAGGUGGCCGAGGUGACCCGACACCACGUCCACCUGAUGUGGGAGGCUCCGGAGCAUGACGGAGGAAGUCCAGUCACUCACUACCAGAUCGAGAAGAGAGAAGUGUCUCGGAAGACCUGGGCCAAGGUGGCUACCGGCAUCCUGGACCUGGAGUACACAGUAACAGAUGUGAUUGAAGGAAAGGAGUAUCUGUUCAGUGUCUCUGCCUGCAACAAGUGUGGACCUGGAGAGCCAGCAUACAACGACGAGCCCGUCAACGUGUCCUCUCCUGCCACUGUACCCGAUCCUCCUGAGAACCUUAAGUGGCGCGAUAAGAGCGGCAAGACCAUCUUCCUAUCCUGGGAGCCUCCAAGGUACGACGGCGGUGCCCCUCUCAAAGGCUACGUGGUGGAGAAGUGUCAGCGUGGUACCGAAAAGUGGGAACCCUGUGGUGAACCCAUCCCUGAACUGAAGUUCAAUGUGAGUGGCCUGAUCGAGGGUCACUGGUACGCCUACAGAGUCAAAGCUUUCAACAAGUUGGGAGCCAGCCGACCCUGCAGGGCUACCGAUGAGAUCCAAGCCGUCGACGCCAGAGAGCCUCCAGAGAUCCAGCUGGAUGUGAAGCUGCUAGCUGGUCUGACCGUCAGAGCUGGUACGAAGAUCGAGCUUCCAGCAGACAUCAAAGGAAAGCCGGAUCCCCGGGUGAAGUGGACCAAGGCUGACCUGGUCUUGCGGGCUGAUGACCGCAUUAACAUUGAAACCCAGCCUGGAAACUCCAAGGUGACCAUUGCCAACACAACUAGAGGAGACACCGCCACCUACAUCAUCGAGGCAGUCAACCUCUGCGGACGUGCCACCGCCACCAUUGAUGUCAACAUUCUUGAUAAACCCGGUCCUCCAGCCGCAUUGGACAUCUCCGAGAUCACCAAUGAGUCAUGCUUCCUGGCGUGGAACCCUCCCAGGGACGAUGGUGGCUCGCCUGUCACCAACUACAUCAUUGAGAGUCGGCAGACGGACAAAGAGGAGUGGGUGAAGCUGUCUGCCACAGUGAAACAAACCACUUUCAAGGCCUGCAAGCUCACAGCUUUGAAGGAGUACAUCUUCAGGAUUAGUGCAGAGAACCAGUACGGCAUUGGCGAACCUGCAGAGCAUGUGCCGAUCACUGCGAAGUAUGCCUUCGAUCCUCCUGGUCCUCCAACCAGAAUCACUCCCUCCGAUAUCGCCAGGGAUGCCGUGACUCUGACCUGGAUCGAGCCUGAUGAGGAUGGCGGCAGUCCCAUCACUGGAUACUGGGUUGAGAAGCUUGAUCCAGAGACAGACAAGUGGAUCAGAUGCAACAAACUGCCCAUCACAGAAACGACCUUCAGAGUUAAGGGACUCCCCACCAAGAAGAAGUAUCGCUUCCGUGUAUUGGCAGAGAAUCUGGCUGGACCUGGAAAACCAAGCGUAGAGACUGAUCCCAUCCUCAUCAAAGAUCCCAUCGAUCCUCCGUGGGCUCCUGGUAAACCUGUCAUCAGGGAUAUCGGCAAGACCACGGCCCUGCUGGCAUGGACCAGGCCAGAGCACGAUGGUGGGGCAAAGAUCGAAGGCUACAUCAUCGAGUUCCAGAAGACUGGAAGUGAGGAAUGGAUUCGCAUUGCAGAGGAUGUUCCUCUGACUGAGCACCAGCUGCAGGGUCUGAUGGAGAAGCAGGAGUACUCAUUCCGGGUCAGGGCUGUCAACAAGGCCGGACAGAGCGAACCCAGCGAUCCCAGUGACCCCGUGGUCUGCAAGGAGAGACUCUAUCCCCCAUCUCCUCCUCAGUGGCUGGAGGUGACAAACAUCACCAAGAUCAGCGGCGACCUGAAGUGGCAGGCUCCGAGCAGCGACGGAGGCUCGCCCAUCACAAACUACGUGGUGGAGAAGAGGGACGUUAGGCGGAAGGCCUGGCAGACUGUCGACACCACCGUCAAAGACCUCAAGUACACGGUGACUCCCCUUAACGAAGGGUCGCUGUAUGUGUUCCGCGUCGCUGCUGAGAAUGUUGCUGGGAUGAGCGAAUUCUGUGAGCUGGAGGACGCUGUGCUCGCCAAAGACACUUUCACCACACCUGGACCUCCUUAUGCCCUUACGGUGGUGGAUGUCACCAGGAGACAUGUGGAGCUGAAAUGGGAAGCUCCUAAGAGCGAUGGUGGAAGAAUCAUAACCAAGUACGUGAUUGAGAAGAAAGAGAAGGUUGGAACUCGCUGGUUGAAAUGCUGCAAGACUCCAGACAGAAAGACUCAGUUCAAGGUGACGGAGGUGGACGAAGGCUCUGAGGUGCAGUUCCAGGUCAGAGCUGAGAACGAGGCUGGAGUUGGAGAUCCAAGCGAACCCACUGAGAUCCUCACCGUUGAGGAUGCAACCAGCGUCCCAUCUCCUCCUGAGGAAGUGAAAAUCCCUGAUGCCAGCAGAGAGCACAUCAAUGUCACCUGGAAGCCUCCAGCCAAAGAUGGCGGCUGCCCAAUUACCGGCUACCAUGUGGAGGUGGCUGAGGCCCGUCCAGAGCUGAAGUGGCUGAGGGUGAACACCAGACCCAUCAAGGAGCUCAAGUUCAGGAUUGAGGACGGAAUCAAACCAGAGAAGAAGUACGUCAUCAGGGUCCGCGCCAUCAACUCUGUUGGUGUCAGUGAACCCUCUGAGAUCUCUGACAAGGUCUUCACCAAGGAUCCUGACUGUGCUCCAACCAUGGAUUUGGAGGCAAAGGAUGUGGUCGUGGUUGAAGGGGAGAAGCUGCACCUGAACAUCCCCUACAGGGCGAUCCCCACACCCAAGAUGGUUUGGCAGAAGGACACGGUAGAGUGUAAAGCCGACGAUCGGCUUACCAUGACGGUGGAGAUGAACAAUGCUCACCUAGAGCUGCUCAAGUGCAAGCGUGCCGAUGCCGGCGCCUAUGCCAUCACCCUGGAGAACACUCUGGGAACCGCCACUGGGACGGUCAACGUCACAGUCAUUGGACUCCCCGGUCAGUGUAAAGACAUCUCUUCCAGCGACGCCACCAAGAACUCCUGCAAGAUCAGCUGGGUAGCCCCAGAGGAUGAUGGUGGCACUCCAAUCACUAGCUACACACUGGAGCGACGCGAGGCCUCCAAGAAGACCUACAUGCCUGUCAUGUCGGGAGAGAACGUCCUGACCUGCACCAUCAAAGACCUUUUCAUGAACUGCCAGUACUACUUCAGAGUGAAGGCCAUCAACAAGGUCGGAGCCGGAGAAUAUCUGGAGCUACGCAACCCAGUCUUCAUAGAGGAAGUCAAACAGAAACCCGACCCACCCAUCCAGGUGGAGGCUAUCGACCCGACAUCCAAGUCCAUCACGGUCACCUGGAUGGCACCAGACAAUGACGGUGGCUGUCCCAUCCAGGGCUACAUCUUGGAGAAGAUGGAAAAGGAUGGUGACCGCUACGAGAGGGUCACCCCGAGCCUGGUCCCCGGUUUCUCCUACGUGGUGACAGGCCUGACAGAGGAAACGGAGUACCAGUUCAGGGUUAGAGCUGAGAACGCUGCCGGAGUCAGCGAACCAUCCCGCAGCACACAGCUCAUGAAGGCUGCAGACCCUGUCGAAAAACCAAAGGUCACCCUCCACGCCCGCGUGCAGUCCGGUUUGUGCAUUAAGAAGGGCGACGAGAUCUGCAUCGAGGCCUACAUCUCCGGCUCCCCGUAUCCCAAAGUCACUUGGAUGAGGAACAACGAGGAUGUCACUAAAGAGCCAACCAAGAAGAUCAUGCCGUUCGUCAGGAAGAAGAAGAGCAAGGCCAAGGUUCCUGAACCAGAGGAGGAGUUUAUAACUCCCCUGCGUCAACGUCUGGGUUUGGAUCAGACCAAGAGGGGUCAGUCCAUACUAAUGAUCCGCGAAGCCGUCAGAUCCGACCACGGCGAAUUCACCAUCCAGGUGGAGAACACUCACGGUGUUGCUAGCGCCUCCUGCGAGGUCAACGUCCUCGACAAACCUGGCGCCCCGAUCAACAUCACCUUUGACGAGAUCAGGGACACGUCUGUCAUCUGUAACUGGGAGCCACCCGUGGAUGAUGGAGGCAGCGAGAUCUUGAACUACAUCUUGGAGAAGAAGGACAACAAGAACGAAGAGGUCAGCUGGAUCACAGUCACCACCACCCUGAAGGGCACCAGCUGCCCCGUCACCAAACUCAUCGAAGGGAAGGAGUACAUCUUCAAAGUCACCGCCGAGAACAAGUAUGGCUGCGGACCGCCAUGUAUCUCUGAACCAGUGGUUGCCCACAACAUGUUUGAUCCUCCCGACGCACCCAACACCCCCAGAGUCCACGAGGUGACGGCGAGCAGCGUCCGCAUGUCUUGGCACGAGCCGAAGGAUAACGGCAGCCCAAUCCUGGGCUACUGGAUCGAGAGGAAGGAGGUGAACAGCAAAUACUGGACCCGAGUCAACCGUGUCCUCCUCAACUCCCUGGAUAUGAAGGUCACCGGCCUGAUGGAGGGACUCACCUACAUCUUCAGAGUGUGUGCAGAGAACCUGGCCGGGCCUGGGCCCUUCAGCGAGCCCACCGACCGCAUCGUCGCCAUGGAUGCCAUCAUGCCUCCUGGCCCCCCAACUCCAUGGAUCGUGGACACUGGGAAGACCUCUGUCAUCGUGGCCUGGAAGCCCCCACUGUACAACGGAGGAGGAGAGAUCCUGGGUUACCACGUUGAGAAGGUUCUGGUCGGAGAGAAGAACUGGACUCGCAGCACAGAGUUCAGGUGUAAAGAGCUGACUUACACUGUGACUGGUCUGACUGAGGGAGGGGAUUAUUACAUCCGGGUCAUGGCUGUCAACGACGCCGGUCCUGGAGCUCCCGGUGUGACCGAACCUGUCACCGUCAGAGAGCCUCUAGAACCUCCCGCUGUGAACUUUGAUGCAUCUGUGAGGAACGGCGUCUUGAUCAGGGCUGGUGAGUCACUGAGGCUUCCGGCCGUGGUGACCGGCAGACCCCAGCCCGAAGUCCAAUGGGCCAAAGAUGGCGCCGAAGUUGACAAGGAGCGUAUGAUUGUGGAGACGGAGGGCAAGAACACUGUUCUGUUCAUCAAGACGACCGUGAGGGCAGAUCACGGAAAAUACCAGGUCUCCGGCACCAACAGCCAAGGGGCCAAGACGGCCGAGACCACAGUGGAUGUCAUGGACGUCCCCGGACCAGUGGUGGACCUGAAGACGGUCGCAAUAACCAAGAAGAACAUUGUUCUCACCUGGUUGGACCCUCUGGAUAACGGCGGCAGUGACAUCAUCGGCUACGAGGUGCUGAGGAAAGACUCCAAUAUGAAACUCUUCCGUCAGCCCCUGGAGACGGCGUCCUGCAAGUGCGACGUCCAGGGUCUGCUGUCUGGCGAGCAGUACGACUUAAGGGUCGUCGCCAAGAACAAGUACGGCUACGGAGCUCCGACUGACCUGGGACCCAUCCUGGCCGAAGAUCCCAAAGAUGUUCCGUCUGCUCCCGAGAAGCUGCGCUACACCGACAGAACCAAGAGCACCAUCACCUUGACCUGGCUGCCACCUCUCUCUAACGGCGGCAGCCCCAUCAUGGGCUACUAUGUGGAGAAGAUGAGGUCCGACAGCACCGAGUACGAAGUGGCAAACCGCAAGAUGUUCACAGAGUGCUGUGGGACCAUCGAUAGCCUUUCGGAGAACCAGGAGUAUGACUUCCGCGUCAAAGCAGUGAAUGAGGUUGGGAUGGGAGAGCCCUCCAAGUCUAUCAAUGCCAAGAUCCAGGACAAUGAAAUCCCUCCAAGAAUUACUAUCCUGAAGUACUUCAAGGCCAACUCCCUCUUUGUGAAGAAGGGCGCGGCCAUAGACAUCCCCGCGGAGGUGAUGGGAAUUCCCCUGCCAACGAUCCGGUGGAUGAGGGAUGAUGUGGUGUUGGAGAAGCCGGAGGACGAGAGGAUGACGAUGGAGACCGAGGAGGUGGACCGGACGACUCUGAGGACAAAGAUCGCCUUCCCAGAGACCGUCAGGAAGGACAAAGGCAACUAUAAGCUGGUGGCUGAAAACUGCCACGGCAAAGCUGAACAAAUCAUCAGAGUCACGAUCUUUGACCGCCCUCUUCCUCCGAGGAACAUCGUGAUCUCAGACAUCACGUCCGAUUCGUGCUACCUGACCUGGUCAGCCCCAGAGGACAAUGGAGGCAGUGAGAUCAGCAACUACAUCGUGGAGCAGAGGGACGCCAGCAAAAAGAAGUCUGACUACGAGGUUAUGACCAUCAACCUCAUUGACAGGAGAUAUGCGGUCCACAAACUUAACAUGAAUGGUAUUUACCAGUUCAGGAUCAUAGCUGAGAAUAAGUAUGGCAAGAGUGACGGCUGCGAAUCAGAGAAAGUCGAGCUCAGGGAUCCAUUCGGCCUCCCUGGACCACCACGUAACCCCAAGAUCAUUGCCGCCACAGCGUCCACCAUGACUGUGACUUGGGAGCCUCCUCUGGACAACGGUGGCUCCACCAUUCAGGGAUACUGGCUGGAGAAGAGGGAGCGAGGCGCCGUGUACUGGGGACGCGUCAACAGAGCUCCAGUCACCAAACCGUCAGUUAAGGGCCUGCAGUACACCGUGCUCAGGCUCAUAGAAGGAACCCAGUACCAGUUCAGGGUCUCAGCCUGUAACGCUGCAGGAAUCGGACCACACAGUGAAUACACCGAGUGCCGCUUCGCCGAGGAUCCAUGCAAUCCUCCCAGCCCUCCUGGAACCCCGGAGGUUAAAGACAAGACCAAGAACAGCAUCUCACUCACCUGGAGCCCGCCAGACAGAGAUGGUGGUACCCCCAUCAAGGGUUACAUCAUCGAGGUCCACGAGGAGGGCACUCUUGAUUGGAGGAGGGUGAAUCCUGCCGACAAGCUCCACUUAUCCACUGAAAUCACCGUCCCGGACCUGAAGGAGGGCAAGAAGUGCAAGUUCAAGAUCUACGCUGUGAAUGCUGUCGGAACCUCUGAGCCCGCCAGGACGGGUGACAUCCUGGUUCAGGACAUCUUGAUCGAGCCGAUGGUGUCUCUAGAAGUGGACGUUAACGACCUGCUCACCUGCAGAGCGGGAACAACCAUCAAGAUUCCCGCCACCAUCACCGGACGACCCAUCCCCAAAGUCACCUGGCACUUCGAUGGAAACGCAGAGAUGGAGAAGAAGAACGAACUCCACAUGCUGCCCAUCGACUCAGAGAUCUACUCCACUGACACGACCUCAGUGAUUGUGAUCCCAGAUUGCAAAAUGCACCACAGCGGCCGAUACAUCCUCAACGCCGAGAGCCCCGCCGGACACAAGGUGGUCAAAGUCCGUGUCACUGUGCUCGACCUGCCCGGACCUCCCAGAGACCUGAAGGUCAGCGACGUGACAAGAGGAACUUGUCGCCUCACCUGGAAACCUCCAGAGAACGAUGGUGGAGAGAGAGUGAAGAGCUACUUCAUCGAGGAGAAGGCAGUGGGCGGCAAAGCCUGGACCAAGGUGAACCCGGCCUGUACUUCUCAGUCUGUGGUCGUCGCAGACCUGAUCAACGGUCAGGACUACUUCUUCCGCAUCCGGGCUGAGAACCGCUUCGGCUUCGGGCCGUACGCAGAGACCAUCGAGCGCACCUGCGCCAGAGAUCCAAUCCAUCCUCCCGACCCUCCAACCAGGCUGAAGAUCACAUCCGUGAGGAAGGGCACGGUGUCUUUGACCUGGAAGGCUCCAAAGAAUGAUGGCGGUUCACCCGUCACCCACUACAGCGUUGAAAUGCUCUGCUGGGAUGCCAGUGGCCAGAGGGAGGCCUGGAGGAGGUGUAACAGAAGAGAUGUGGACACCACCAGCUUCAAGGUGGAGGACCUGACGGAGGGAGACGAGUACGAGUUCAGAGUGAUGGCACAUAACGAGGUCGGACCCAGCCGACCUUCAUCCACAGCUGGACCCGUCCUUAUUCAGGACCAGACCUGUGCUCCAUCCAUCGAGCUGAAUGAGUUCAUGGAGGUUGAGCAGGGCACCGACAUCAAAAUCGUGGCCAAGAUCCGCGGCUGUCCAUUCCCAAAGCUCACCUGGUACAAGGCUCCACCCCACAAGUCAGACAAAAAGGAGGAGGUUCAGUACGACGAGCACAUCAACAAGAUCGUGUCCGACGACACCUGCACGCUGCUCAUCCAGCAGGGCAAACGUCCUGACACCGGCCUGUACACACUGGUGGCCUCCAACAGCCUCGGCAAGGCCUCCAAGGAGAUGAGGCUCAACGUGCUCGGACGGCCCGGUCCUCCCUCUGCUCCCAUCAAGUUCGAGGAGAUUGGAGCCGAGAAGAUCACGCUGUCCUGGCUGCCGCCGAAGGACGAUGGAGGCUCCAAGGUCACAAACUAUGUCAUCUGGAAGCGCGUGGCCAGCAGGACGUCCUGGGUGCCUGUCACCAGCGAGCCCAAAGAGCGGAUCUGGACCGUGGAGAACCUGUUGCAAGGACACGAGUACGUGUUCCGGGUCAUGGCCCAGAACAAGUACGGAGUCGGAGAGCCACUGGACAGCGAGCCUGAGGUUGCCAGAGAUCUCUUCAAUAUCCCUGGUCAGGUCGAGAAGCCGACGGUAAGCGGCAUCACCAUGGAUUCCAUGACAGUAAGCUGGGAGGAGCCCGAGGAGGACGGUGGCACCCCGAUUACCGGCUACUGGCUGGAGCGAAAAGAGACAACAGGCAAACGCUGGACCCGCGUCACCCGCGACCCCAUCCGUCCCAUGGGCAUGGGCGAGUCGUAUGUGGUGAGCGGACUCAUUGAGGGCUCCCAGUACCUGUUUAGAGUCUGUGCCAUCAACGCCGCAGGACUUGGACCCUACAGCCCCACCACAGACCCCAUCUUUGCCAGAGACCCCAUCUCCCCGCCCUCUCCUCCGACCCCGAAGGUUAAUGAUUGGACGAGGUCCACAGUGGACCUGGAGUGGAUCCCUCCUUUGAAGGAUGGAGGCUCCAAGAUCAUGGGUUACUGGGUCGAGUACCAGGAGGAGGGCACUGAGCCCUGGGUCAAGGCCAAAGAGACCGAAAUUCGUGGCACCCGUUUUGUGAUCACCGGUCUGAAGACUGGUGGCAAAUACAAAUUUAGGGUGACAGCCUUCAAUGCUGCCGGUAACGGCGAGCCAGGAGUAAUCCCAGAGGUGCUUGAGGUCAACGACAGAACCAUUGCUCCUGAGGUCGACCUGGAUGCCUCAGUGAAGGAUAGGAUGGUGGUCCACGCCGGUGGUGUGAUUCGUAUCAUUGCCUACGUGUCGGGCCAGCCAACCCCGGAGGUGACCUGGGGCAGAGAAGGAGCUGCGCUGCCUCCUGAGGCUAAAAUUGAAACAACAGCUAUCAGCUCAUCUCUGGUCAUCAAACCCUGCACCAGGAAUCACCUUGGCAUAUACACACUGACCGCCAAGAAUGCUGGAGGGGAGAAGAAGAAGAGCAUCACUGUGGAAGUUUUAGAUGUCCCGGGGCCAGUCGGCAUUCCCGUCACUGCAGAGAAUCUGAGCACUGAGACCUGCAAGAUCAACUGGUUCUUCCCCGAGAGGGAUGGUGGCUCUCCAAUCAGCAACUUCAUCAUCCAGAAGCGUGAAGCAGAGCACAAGGCCUGGACCUCUCUGCAUUUUACCGCCAGCAGACAGAAUGCCAUAGCUCAAGGCCUCACCGUCGGAAAGUCCUACUUCUUCAGAGUAGCCGCUGAGAAUGCCAUUGGCAUGGGACCUUUCGUUGAGACCGCAGCCGAGCUUGUCGUCAAGGAAAAAAUCAGUGUGCCUGACCGCCCCGAGGGGCUCGAGGUCACCAAGGCCACCAAGGAUUUGAUCAGCAUCACCUGGAAGCCGCCCAAGUUUGACGGUGGUUCGGACAUCACCAUGUACAUCCUGGAAGCUCGUAUGAUCGGCAAAGACAAGUUCACCAGAGUGACGAAGGAGAGCCUGAUGGAGAGGAAGUACACCUACGAUGGGCUGAAAGAGGGAGAAACCUAUGAGCUACGGGUCAUCGCCGUCAACGAGGUUGGACCCAGCAAGCCGUCGUUCCCCACCAAACCAAUCACCUGCAAGGAUGAACUGGAGCCGCCAACCAUCGAGCUGGACUUCCGCGAUAAGAUCAUCAUUCGUGUAGGCGAGAGCUGCCUGCUGCAGGGCCGCUACACCGGCAAACCUCCUCCGUCCAUCGUGUGGUACCGUGACGACAAGGAGCUGAAGGCCGACCAACACAUUAUGUUCAAGAACACGCUGACCACUAUGUCGCUCGGCCUGAUGAAAGCCAAGCGUGAGCACAGCGGCAAAUAUGUGGUUGUGGUGGAGAACAGCACCGGGUCCAGGAAGGGAGUCUGCAACAUCACGGUUGUCGACCGUCCCUCUCCUCCUGUUGGCCCCGUGGUGUUUGAGGAGGUGCAUAGGGAGUACAUGGUCAUCUCUUGGAAACCUCCUCUGGACAGCGGUGGUAUCGACGUCUCCAACUACAUCAUUGAGAAGAGAGACGUUAACAGAGACACCUGGACCACAGUAACGUCUGCCACGACCAAGACCAUAUGCAAGGUUCCAAAACUAACGGAGGGCAGGGAGUACAUCAUGAGGAUCUCUGCUGAGAACAUGUAUGGCAUCAGCGAUCCUUUGGAGUCCGAGGAGAUGAGAGCCAAAGAUCUUUUCAGAGUCCCAGAGGCCCCUGAGAUGCCGACAGUCAGGGAGGUGUAUGCCACCAACGCUCUGGUGCUUUGGACCCGGCCUCGCGAUGGCGGGAAGCCGAUCACCAAUUAUAUUCUAGAGAAGAGGGAGGUCGGAGCCAAGAGGUGGUCCAGAGCCACCAGGGACCAUUUGUACCCGGCCACUCAGUAUCGAGUCCAGGAUCUGAUUGAAGGCUGCGAGUACGAGUUCAGGGUGAUGGCUGAGAACGAGUUGGGAAUCGGAGACCCCAGUCCCCCCUCCAAACCCAUUCUUGCCAAAGAUCCCAUCGUGCGUCCCAGCCCUCCAGUGACCCCCGAGGCCUACGAUAAGACCAAGGACUCUGUCAGCUUGAGGUGGAAGUUGCCCCGCCAUGACGGGAAGGGUCGCAUCUUUGGCUACCUCGUCGAGUAUCAGAAGCCCGGUGCUGUGGAGUGGGUUCCAGCCAAUGAGACCCCGGAGCAGUGCCCCGACCUCCACUAUGUGGUGACGGGCCUGCUCGACAAACAUGAGUAUGCCUUUAGGAUCUUCACCGUCAAUGCUGCUGGCAAAUCUGACCCUGCUUAUGUCAAAGAGACCAUCACAGUCCAUGACAGACUGGAGGCACCAGAGUUGAUGCUGGACGCCAACAUGGCACGAGACCACCUGGCCAUGCUGGGCACUGACAUCACCUUGAGCGCCACCUUUAAAGGUGUGCCACAACCCACCGUCAGCUGGAAGAAGAACGACGGUGACGUUCCUUCUCACAUCACUGUCGCUGUCACCACCAGCAGCAGCAAACUCUUUAUCCCUAAGUGUGUCCGGCCAGACUCCGGAGACUUUACCAUCACUGUGGAGAAUGCUGCUGGCAAGAAAUCUGCAACCGUUUCUGUGCUUGUGCUGAACAAGCCUACCCCUCCCAGAGAUCUGGUGGUCUCUGAGGUGACCAGCGAGUCGGCCUACUUGACAUGGAAGGCUCCCGAGGACAAUGGUGGUGCCGUCAUCUCCCACUACAUUGUGGAGAAGAAGGACGUUGCCUCCGAGCAGUGGGUGCCGGUCUCUGCAGCCAAUAAGAAACUGAGUCUGAUGGCCAUGUACCUGAUGGAAGGAAUUCAGUACCUAUUUAGGGUUGCUGCUGAGAACCAGUUUGGCAGGAGCGACUACGUGGUGACCAAGACACCCAUCAAGGCCGUUGAUCCACUCUAUCCUCCUGGCCCACCCAAAAACCUGCACCACACUGAUGCAGAGAAGACCGAAGUGUGGCUGGCAUGGGAGUGGCCCGACCGAACCGGAGGAAGUGAUAUCACCGGCUUCAUUGUGGAGCACCAGGAAGAGGGCCAGACAGACUGGGUCACCUUCAAGACCGUCAGCAACGAGCACGCCCACGUCACUGGUCUGGUGGAGGGCAAGACUUACCGCUUCAGGGUCAAGGCUCAGAAUGCAAUCGGUGUGAGCCGUCCUGACACCAGCGUACCCAUCACCUGCCAGGAAAAGACAUUACCACCAACUAUUGAAGUUGAUGUGAAGCUUAUUGAGGGUCUUGUUGUCAAAGCUGGCAGUCCUAUUGCCCUUCCAGCCAAGAUGACAGGCAUCCCCACUCCUACUCCCAAAUGGAUGUCCGAUAACAAGGAAAUCAUAUCCGAGGGACGCUAUCACAUUGAGACUGUUGGAUCCUCCACCACCCUUGGUAUCCCUGAGAGCCAGAGAGGAGACACUGGAGAGUACGUCCUCACUGUGACCAAUCCUUCAGGCAACAAGACUGUUGCCCUGCAUGUCACCGUGCUGGAUCUUCCAGGUCCACCCCUCGGACCUAUCAAUAUCUUGGAGGUCACCCCUGAUCACAUGAUGAUCCAAUGGAGGGCACCCAAAGAUGACGGUGGCACACCCAUCACCAACUACGUGGUGGAAAAGAGGGAUGUGAAGAAGUCAUGGGAGCCCUGGUCUGUAGUUAGCUCUGGCGGCACCAGCACCAAGGCCAAGGUGUCCAGGCUGGAGAAGGGCCGUGAGUACAUAGUCCGUGUCCGAGCAGAAAACAAAAUUGGCAUCGGCGCACCACUUGAGAGUCCUCCCACUAUUGCAAAGCACAUGUUUAACCCUCCUGGUCCUCCAGGCCUGCCAGUGUGCUCUGAUAUCACUGAGAAUGCUGUGACAGUAGAAUGGCCCCUGCCUGACUAUGAUGGCGGCAGCCCUAUCAGUGGAUAUGUGGUUGAACGCAGAGAAAUGACAGGAAAGUGGAUCCGCGUCAACAAAACUCCAGUGCUGGACCUCAGAUACAGAGUCUCAGGCCUGUUUGAAGGCAACAGCUACGAGUUCAGAGUGUUUGCUGAAAACGUUGCUGGUAUAAGCGAGCCUUCUCCCAACUCUGACCCUGUCAAGGCUGCUCGUGCCAUCACCAAACCUGGACCCCCCGGCAAUCUUAAACUUAAGGACUGGAGCAAGUCCUAUGCUGACAUCUGCUGGACCAAGCCUACCCGAGACGGUGGCAGUCCCAUUCUGGGCUAUGUGGUUGAGAUUCAGAAGUCAGGAUCUGCCAAGUGGGACAGAAUCAACAAGGACCUCAUCAAGAUGUGUGCCCACAGAGUUCCAGGCCUCAUGGAAGGAAUGGAGUACAGAGUCCGCAUCAGAGCCACCAACAAGGUUGGAGACAGUGAACCCAGGGAGCUGGCUAAGACUAUCUUAGCAAAGGAUAUCCUGGUGCCCCCUGAGGUUGUUGUUGACGUGUCAUGCCGCGACUCUCUGACAGUCAGGGCAGGUCAGAUCAUAAGUUUGAUAACCAGGGUGAAAGGCAGACCUGACCCGGAGAUCACAUGGACCAAGGAUGCCAGAGCCUUAUCCCGGGACAAGCGCACUCAGCUUAACAACAACUAUCCUCUGUGUGAAUUGGUUAUCAAUGAUGCAGUCAGGUCAGACUACGGUAAAUACGCCAUUCUCGCCAAGAACAGUAGUGGACAGGCACAGGCAACCAUCAUUGUCAAUGUCCUUGACACACCAGGACCUUGCCAGAACCUGAAAGUGGCCUACGUGACCAAGAAGUCCUGCAUGGUGUCCUGGGAGAAUCCUGAGGACAAUGGAGGCAGUGAGAUCACUCAGUACAUUAUCGAGAGCCGUCAGCCCAGCCAGAGAGGAUGGACUUUGGUCUCCAAUGACUGCACCAAGCGCCUGUUGAAGGCCCCUCUUACUGAAGGCUGCGAGUACUUCUUCCGUGUCAGUGCAGAAAACAAGAUUGGUGCUGGUCCACCCACUGAGACAAAGCAAGCUGUGUUGGCAGUCGAUCCCGUUGAGAAGCCUGGUGAACCCAUUGACUUCCACAUCUCUGAGAUCGGCAAGACCUUCUGCUUCCUCAAGUGGAAGAAGCCAGACAACGAUGGUGGUAGCCGUAACCUGGCUUAUCAUGUUGAGAAGAAGCCAAAGGAGGCUGAGGAGUGGGAGAGGCUUCACAAGGGUGCUAUCAAGGAGACUUACUUCAUGGCUGACAGGUGCAUUGAAAACCAGAUCUACCAGUUCAGAGUUCAGACAAAGAACGAAGGAGGUGAGAGCAACUGGGUGACCACAGCUGAAGUCCUGGUGAAGGAAGAGCUUGUGGAACCUGAAGUCAAGAUUAAACUAGAUGCAACACUCGUGGUCAAGGCAGGAGACUCCAUUCCUAUCGAGGCAACAGUUAAGGGCAAACCCCAGCCUGAUAUCAAAUGGACCAAAGAUGACAGCACAGAGGAGAUGAAGAGGGGCCCCAGGCUUCAGAUCGAAACUGGUGUUGACUUCUCAAAGCUGCUGAUUACUGGCGCCAAACGAACUGACAGUGGAAAAUAUGUUGUUACUGCCUCCAACAGUGCAGGAACCAGCACUGCCCACGCUAAGGUCAACGUACUGGAUAGACCUGGACCUGUCAGGGAUCUCAAGGUGUCUGGUAUCACCAUCGACAGGUGCCAUUUGGCCUGGGAAGUUCCAGAAGAUGAUGGUGGCUGCGAUAUCUACAACUACAUUAUUGAGAAAUGUGAGACCAAGAGAGGAGUGUGGUCGGUCCACUCCAACGCUGUCAUCACCAAUAAAGCUAAUGUCACCCGUCUUAUCGAGGGUAAUGAGUAUAUCUUCAGAGUUCGUGCUGAGAAUAAGAUGGGUCCUGGACCUGCAGUGCAGAGUGAAGCCAUUGUUGCUGGCACCCAGUUCAAUGUGCCUGACGCUCCCGAGGCACCAGAAGUCACUAAGAUUGCCAAGGAGGAGAUGACUGUGCAGUGGUCAGAACCCGAGAGAGAUGGCGGAAAGCCAGUCACAGGUUAUCUGUUGGAGAAGAGGGAAGAGCAUGCCGUUAGGUGGUCUCCUGUCAACAAGGAUCCAAUUCCUUCAACUCGUUUCACAGUUACUGGACUCCUGCCCCUCCAUGACUACCAGUACAGAGUCAAGGCUGUCAAUGAAAUUGGCAUUGGCAGUCCAAGCAAGCCCUCACGUGCCAUCACUGCCAAGGAUGCAGUUGAGCCUCCUGCACCUCCUACCAACUUGAAGGUCACGGACAGCACCAAGUCCACCAUCACCCUGGGCUGGACCAAGCCUGUAUCAGAUGGUGGAGCUCCCAUCAUUGGCUACGUUGUGGAGAUGAGGGUGCAGGGAAGUGCCAAGAAAGGAGACGAUGGGUGGAAGAGGUGCAACGUGGCCGCACAGCUGGUCGUGUGCGAGUUCACAGUCACAAGUCUAGAUGAGAAGCUUAUAUAUGAAUUCAGAGUGUCAGCUCAGAACCAGGUGGGCAUGAGCCUGCCCUGUGACCUGGAGGGCGCAGUGAUCCCUAGGGAGAUUCUAGAGGCACCGGAGAUUGACUUGGAUGCCAACCUGAAGCAGGGCCUGACGGUGAGAGCCGGCUGUCCCAUCAGACUAUGUGCCACCAUCAGAGGUAGACCAGCUCCCAAAGUCACAUGGAGGAGAAUGGGCAUUGACAACGUGGUCAGGAAGGGAAAAGUCGACCUCAUUGAUACCAUGACCUUCCUGAUCAUCCCCGACAGCACCCGCAAUGACUCUGGCAAAUACUGCCUGACGCUACAGAGUCCAGCCGGAGAGAAGGCUGUGUUUGUUAAUGUUAAGGUUCUGGACACUCCGGGACCUGUAAUGAAUCUGGAAGUUACCGACAUCACACAGACAUCCGCCAUGAUGUCCUGGAGUCCUCCAGAGGUUGACGGUGGCAGCGAGGUCACUCACUACAUUGUUGAGAAGCGCGAGAUUGACCGCAAGACCUGGGCAACCGUCAAAGCCGAAGUUGCGAAGGAUAAGAUUCCCUUCAAAGUCACCGGUCUGGUGCCAGGCACUGAGUACUACUUCAGAGUCAUGGCUGUUAAUGAGUAUGGCUCUGGAGUCCCCAGGGUGUCACCCACUUCCUACAUGGCCUCUGAUCCUGUCAGUAAGCCUGAUCCUUGUCAGAAGAUCGAGGUUCUGGAGAUCACUAAGAACAGUGCUGUUGUCGGCUGGGUGAAGCCCUUAAGGGACGGCGGUGCCAAGAUUGAUGGUUAUGUUGUUGAAUACAUUGAGGUCAAACCUCCUCCAGAGCCUAAAGCACCUGUGGAGGUUCCGGGGGGAGAGGGGGCUCCUCCUCCACCUCCACCGCCUCCAGUGGUAGAGGAGCAGAAGGCAGAACCUGAAAAGGAGCUGUGGAACGCCUACACAACGGUGAAAGGUUUGACAAUCAGCAUCAGCGGCCUGAAGGAGGGCAAGAGGUACAGAUUCAGAGUGGCUGCGAAGAACAUCAUGGGCCAGAGCUUGUUCACCGAGACCAGGCAGCCAGUCGAGAUCAAGGAACAGAUGUUGGAGCCAAAGAUCGUCAUGCCAGAGACAGUGAGCGCCAGAGCAGGAGCCAAGCUCAGAGUGGAGGCACUGGUUUCCGGAAGACCGUCUCCAACAUGCAAGUGGAUGCGUGGCGAGGUCGCAGUGGUCCCGUCCAGCCGUCUGGCCGUGCACCAGUCUGGCAACCUGUGCGUCCUGAUCAUCAAAGACGUGUCAAGGACAGACAGUGGAGAGUACAGCCUGGUGGCUGAGAACAGCUCUGCAAAGGUUGUCGAGUCCCUGAAGAUUGUCAUUAGAGACAUUCCUGGUCCUCCUGAAGGCCCAGUGGAGAUCAGCGAUAUCGACUCUGAUGCCUGCUCCCUGUCCUGGAACAAACCACUGGAGGAUGGAGGCAGCAAUAUCACCAACUACGUGGUAGAGAAAUGCGAUGUGACUAGAGGCGACUGGGUAACUGCUACCUCUUCUGGUCAGAAAACCAGUUGCAGGCUUGGAAAGCUCAUCCCCGGAAAGGAGUAUGUGUUCCGUAUCCGUGCUGAGAACCGCUAUGGAGUGUCAGACCCCAUUCAGUCUGACAGGAUGGUUGCAAAGUUCCCCUUUGAUGUUCCUAGUGAGCCCCUCAACUGCCGCAUUAACAAGACCAACAAGGACUGUAUGUUCGUUGCUUGGGAUACACCUGAGAGCGACGGCGGCAGUCCCAUCACAGGUUACUACAUUGAACGUAAGGAGAGGAACAGCCUGCUGUGGGUGAAGGCCAAUGACACCGUUGUCCGCACCACUGAGUACCCGUGUGCUGGCCUCAUCGAGGGCCUGGAAUACACGUUUAGAGUGUCCGCCAUCAACCGUGCUGGCCAGGGCAAACCAAGCAAGAAGACUGACUUUGUCACUGCUAGAACACCUGUUGACACUCCAGGUAAACCUGAAGUCUUGGAUGUAACCAAGAACUCCGUUACUCUGGUCUGGACGCGUCCCAAAAAUGACGGUGGCAGCAAGAUCAUUGGAUACUAUGUUGAGGCCAUGCAGGUGCCAGGAGACACCUGGAUACGAUGCAACACCAGCAGCCAGAAUGUCCCAAGGGAGGAGUAUACGGUUACUGGUCUAGAGAGAGAUUUGCAGUACCAGUUUAGAGUCAUCGCCAAAACUGCUGUGAACUUGAGCAAACCCUCCGAGCCCACAGACCCUGUCUUGGUCUGUGCCGAGAACGUUCCACCGAGGCUGGAGCUCAACGCCAAGAUGCAGAAAGGUUUAAAGGUAAAGGCCGGAACCACAAUCGUCCUGGAGGCUGAGGUAUUUGGAAAGCCUAUGCCCAAAGUGACAUGGAAGAGAGGGGAUGACAGCCUUAAAUCAGGUGAAGGCCAGGUCAUCACCCAUCAGAGGCAUCACUUCCAGCUGGAGAUGGCAGGGGUCACCAAGGAGCACACAGCAACCUACUCCAUCGUGGCAGAGAAUGCUAGCGGCUCCAAGACUGCCGAAAUCCAGGUCAUAGUCCUGGAUGUGCCCGGCCCUCCUGCCAGUGCCAAAUAUGUUGAAGUGUUUGCCACCAGUAUCAAGGUGUCCUGGGAGCCUCCUCUGAAGGACGGUGGCGCUAUCAUUACCAACUACAUUGUGGACAAGCGUGAGACCAGCAGAGCAAACUGGGCCCAGGUCUCCUCCAAGAUCAAGGGAGACAUUCAUGAGUUCAGUGUGGAGAAGCUAAUCGAGGGUCACGAGUACCAGUUCCGAAUCCGUGCUGAGAACACGUGGGGAGUUGGUGACCCCCUCAUCACCAACCCUGUCAUCGCCAAGAACCCAUUCACUGUUCCUGGCCCUUGCGAGGCACCAGUGAUCACCAAUGCGGCCAAGGAUCGUAUGACUGUGAGCUGGAAGGAGCCUGCCGAUGAUGGAAAGUCCCCCAUCCUGGGCUACAUGUUGGAAAAGAAAGAGACCAAGGAGCUGAGUUGGAUCAAGCUGAACAGGAAGCCCAUAACAGAGAGGAGCCUUGAAGUUACAGGCCUCAAAGAGGGAUCUGAGUACGAGUUCAGAGUCAGUGCUGUCAAUGUGGCAGGGGUUGGCAAACCCAGCGAGCCCUCCACUGGCACCAUUGCACAGAAUCCUCUCACUCCUCCUGGCCCCGUUGUUAACCCCAGUGUGACAAACACCACCCACAGCACCAUCAGCCUUGCUUGGACCGCCCCUGCCAACAAUGGCGGAAGCCCCAUCAUCGGAUACUUGGUGGAGGUCAAGAGGACUGACACCACAGACUGGAUCCGCUGCAAUGUCCCCAGGAACCUGCAGGAGACCAACUACGUCAUCCAGAACCUCAUACACAAGUCCGAGUACCAGUGCCGCAUCACUGCUGUCAACAAGGUUGGCUUCAGCGAACCAGUUGAAGUACCCGGCACACAUGUUGCCAAGGACAUCAUGAUUCCUCCCGAGGCAGAGCUAAGUGCAGAGCUGAAGGAGGGUCUUGAGCUACGUGCUGGUGCUGUCAUGAGGCUGUAUGCCUCCAUCAAGGGCACUCCCAUCCCCAAGAGCACCUGGGCAAAGAUGAACACCAACAUCAAGGACCGCCAGGGCCUCAUCAUGAAAUCCACCAACUUUGACACAGCAGUGAUUGUAGAGAAUGUCAACAGAUAUGAUGCUGGCAAAUACAUUCUGAGUCUGGAGAGCUUGGCUGGCAUUAAGAUGUACACCAUUGUUGUCAAGGUUCUUGAUACUCCUGGACCACCAGUCAACCUGAUGGUGAAAGAGGCAAACAAGGACAGUGCCUCCAUCUACUGGGACACUCCACUGAUUGAUGGUGGCUCUGAAAUCACCCACUACAUCGUGGAGAAGCGUGACACUGAGAGGAAGGCCUGGUCCAUUGUCUCCAAAGACUGUACCAAGACAUCCUUCGACGUGCCAGACCUGGAUGCCGGGCGGUCCUACUGCUUCAGGGUGUCAGCAGUUAACAAGCUCGGCGCUGGAGAGCGUUGUGAGACAGCCGACUCUGUCAAGGCAUCUGAGGAGCCUGGGCCUGUCAUGGACUUCAAGACCCUGCUUGUCACCAAGGACUCUUGCACCCUUAGCUGGAAGAAACCCCUCAGCGAUGGUGGCAGCCGCAUCAUCUGCUAUGUGCUGGAGGUUCUCAAUGGUGAAGACAAGUACAAGGAACUCAUGAGGUCCAAGAACAUGCAGUACAGUGCCAAGGACCUGGUGGAGGACAGAGAGUACACCUACAGAGUCAAGGCUGUCAAUGACUCAGGAGAAGGUUCUCCCAAGGAGCUGAAGGUGGUUGCUAAAGACCAGAUCAUUCCUCCCAACUGUGACUUGAGGGAGCUGCCCAACAUGUGCUACAUUGCCAAGGAGGGCAGCACCGUCCGUCUGAAGAUCCCAAUCUUUGGCAAACCUCCACCCAAGGUCACCUGGAAGAAGGGAGAUGACGAAGACUUGACAGACACUGGCCGAGUGUGCGCAGAGUCUUCUGCAGUUAAUACCACCCUCAUGAUCAGGGACUGCCAGAGGAGUGAUGCUUCCAAGUACUGUAUCACCCUGAGGAACAGUGCUGGAACCAAGGAGUCCACCAUCUUCAUCAGGGUGGUGGGUAAACCUGGCAUCCCUGUUGGACCUAUUAAGUUCAAAGAUGUUGCUGCUGAUGGUGCUACGCUGAAGUGGGCCACUCCUAAGGAUGAUGGUGGCUCAGAGAUCACAAACUACAUCCUGGAAAAGAGGGACUUCAUCACCAACAUGUGGGUCACUGUGUCCUCUGCUGUGGAGGACAACACCUUUAGGGUGACUGGUCUCCAUGAGGGCACAGAGUACAUCUUCAGAGUCUGUGCUGAGAACAAGUAUGGUGUUGGAGAGGGACUCAAGUCUGAUCCCAUCGUUGCUAAACAUCCAUUCAAUGUUCCCGAUGCUCCUCCUCCACCUCAGGUCAUGAGCAUGUGCCACAACUCUGCUUACUUGGCCUGGUCUGACCCCAGGAAGACUGGAGGAUCUCCCAUCACAGGCUACCAUGUUGAGUUCAAGGAGAGGAACAGUAUGUUGUGGAAGAGGGCGAGUCCAGCUGCCUUGAAGAUGAAGGAACACAAAGUAACUGGGCUGACUGAAGGUCUGGAGUACCAGUUCAGGGUCAUGGCAGUCAAUCUGGCCGGCAUUGGCAGACCAAGUGCUCCCACAGAUCCACAGGUGGCCCUGGAUCCCAUUGAUGCCCCAGGGAAACCUGAUGUGAUCAGCAUCACCAGAAGCACCGUGACCCUACAGUGGACCGAGCCACAGUUCGAUGGUGGCCACAGACUGACUGGCUACAUUGUUGAGAGGCGUGACCUGCCCUCUAAGAUCUGGGUAAAGGCCAACAAUGUAAAUGUUGUGGAGCCUGCAUUCACUGUAACUGAUUUACAGGAAGGCUGCAAAUACGAGUUUAGAAUCAGGGCGAAGAAUGCUGCCGGUGCUCUCAGCCCACCAUCAGAGCAGACAGAUACUAUUAUCUGCAUGGAUGAAUAUGCUGCACCAACCAUUAUUAUCGACGCUCAGGUGAAAGAGGGUGUGACUGUCCGGGCUGGCGACACUAUUGUAAUUACUGCCACAAGCAUUUUAGGCAAACCUGCGCCAACCUCAUGCUGGUCAAAGGGAGGAAAAUACUUUAAACCAUCUGAUAUUGUUCAUAUUGAGACCACUGCAACUUCCUCCACCCUGUCCAUCAAGUACGCUGGCAGGAAAGAUUCUGGGGAGUACGUCAUCACUGCCAGUAAUCCCUUUGGUGUAAAGGAGGAAACCGUCAAGGUCACAGUUCUAGAUGUUCCUGGUAGUCCUGGACCCAUUGAAUGCAGUGGUGUCUCUUCUGAAAAGGUCACUCUUACCUGGACAGCUCCUACCGAAGAUGGAGGAUCUCCUAUAAAGUAUUACACCCUGGAGAAGAGAGAGACCAGCCGCCUGCUCUGGACUAUCCUGGAAGAGAAGGUCAUUGACUGUCACUAUGUGGCCAACAAGCUCAUCCAGGGCAAUGAGUACUUCUUCAGAGUAUCUGCUGUUAACCAGUAUGGUGCUGGUGAAGCAUCUCACUCUGAGGCAGUUAAGAUGAUUGAUAGAUUCGGUCCUCCUGGCCCACCAUCCAGACCAGAGGUUGAAAAAGUUGAUGGACAUUCCGUCACAGUGACCUGGAGGAGACCAGCUGAGGAUGGAGGAAGUGACAUCAUAGGAUACUGUGUUGAGAAGAAGGAGAAAAAGGGGAUGAGAUGGGUCAGGGCAUCCAAGAAAUCCAUUGCUGAGCUCAGCUAUGCAGUCACUGGUCUCACUGAGGGCAUAGAGUAUGAGUUCCGUGUUCUUGCUGAGAACAAAGCUGGCUUCGGAGAGCCAAGUGAACCAUCUAUGCCUGUCAGAACGAUAGUUGUUGCCUAUGUGCCUGGACCUCCAGUCAAUCCAAGAGUCACAGACACAACCAAGACCACUGCCACCCUGAAUUGGGGAAAACCUCUUGAUAACGGUGGACUUGAAGUCACUGGAUAUGUGGUUGAGCACAAGAAGGAAGGGACAGAAGAAUGGGUCAAGGACACCCCUUCAUCUCCACUUAGGAUCACAGAAUUUGUUGUGCCUGAGCUGGAAACUGGUGUAAAAUACCUCUUCAGAAUUAGCGCUGUGAAUGCCAAGGGAGCAGGUGAACCUGCUGUAACUCAGGAACUGACUGAGAUAGUGGAGCAUGCUGCUGAACCUGGUUUUGAGCUGGAUCUUGAGCUCAGAAGAACCCUUGUCGUUAGAGCUGGCUGCUCCAUUCGCCUCUUUGUGCCAAUCAAGGGACGUCCUACACCUGCCGUCACUUGGACAAAGGAGGGUGGUCCUGUCCCACGUGCAGUCAUUGACAGCACAGAGUCAUUUACAAUGCUGAUUGUCCCUGAGAGUUCAAGGAUUGAUGCAGGUAAAUAUGAGCUUACCCUCGAAAACUCAGCUGGAAAGAAGAGUGCCGCUAUACAAGUAAGAGUUCUGGAUUCUCCUGGACCUCCAAUCAACCUGAAACCAGUCAAGAUUGACAAGGAAAGCAUUACUCUUCAGUGGGAGAUGCCUCUCAUUGAUGGUGGGGCCAGGAUCACAAACUACAUCAUUGAGAAGAGAGAAUCAACACGCAAGGCUUUUGCUACUGCUGUUACAAACUGCCCAACCACUUCAGUCAGGAUUGGUGACCUGGGUGAAGGCUGUGAAUACUACUUCAGAGUGUCUGCUGAGAAUGAAUAUGGCAUUGGUGAGGCGGUUGAAACUGUUGAUCCAAUUCGUGCUUCGCAGGCACCAACUCCUCCACAGAGUAUUAUUCCUACUGAUAUAACCAAGAACUCUGUGAGCCUGGCUUGGACUAAACCCAAGCACGAUGGUGGAAGCAGAAUUACAGGAUAUGUUCUUGAAGCCCAGAAAAAGGGAACUGAUCAAUGGACACAUAUUACAACAAUCAAGAACAUGGACUUCACAGUGAAGAAUCUCAAUGAGAGCGAGGAGUACACUUUCCGCGUAAUGGCUGUCAAUCUCUCAGGUAGAAGCGCUCCACGUGACAGCAAACCCAUUGUUGUCAAGGAUUCUACUUCCCUGCCUGAGUUUGACCUCCGUGGCGUAUGUCAGAAGACUAUUAUUGCCAAGGCAGGAGAUGACAUCAAGGUUGAAAUUCCAGUUAUGGGACGUCCUAGACCAACUGUCUCCUGGCAAAAGGAUGGCGCAGCCCUGAAGCUGACACAGAGAACCAAUGUGGAAACUACUGCUGCUACUGUUAUCCUCAGCAUUGGUGAAUGCAACAGAGCUGACAGUGGUAUUUACACCAUGACGGGAAAGAACAUUGUUGGUUCUGUAACAGACAAUAUCAUUGUCAAAGUACAUGAUGUACCUGGACCACCCAAGGGACCAGUGAAGAUUGUGGAGAUAGCUCGUACCUAUUGUAUCUUUGCAUGGGACCCUCCUGAGAAUGAUGGAGGCGUUCCAAUCAACAAUUAUGUGGUGGAGAUUAGAGACACCACUUCCCAAACAUGGACAGAGCUGUCUUCUACUGUCAUCCGUACCAUGUUCAAAGCCAUUCGCUUAAACACUGGAUCAGAGUACCAAUUCAGAGUAAAGGCUAAGAACAGAUAUGGUGCUGGAGCUCCCAUUACCUCAGAGGCAGUAGUGGCUGCCUAUCCAUUUAAAGUCCCUGGCCCUCCUGGUACUCCCAAUGUUGUUGCAUUUACCAAGGACUCAAUAACAAUUGGCUGGAAUGAGCCUGUGGCUGAUGGUGGAAAUGAGGUCAUUGGUUAUCAUGUUGAGAGGAAAGAAAGGAGCAGUAUCAUGUGGCAAAAGAUCAGCAAGGGUCUUGUGAAAGGAAACAUAUUUAAAUCCACUGGCCUUGAAGAUGGAAUUGCCUAUGAGUUCCGUGUCAUGGCUGAAAACAUGGCUGGAAUUGGUAAGCCCAGCAAAGCCUCAGAACCAAUACUGGCCUUGGACCCUGUAGACCCACCAGGUCAGCCUGUGCCAAUAUUUGUCAACAAGAAUGUCAUCACCAUUCAGUGGACAAAGCCUGAGUAUGAUGGUGGUUUCAAAAUCACUGGCUACAUAGUGGAGAAGAAAGAACUUCCUACUGGCCGCUGGAUUAGAGCCAACUUCACCAAUAUCAUUGAGACAACAUUCACUGUCAGUGGACUGACUCAAGAUGCCUCCUAUGAGUUCCGCGUUAUAGCCAGAAACUCAGCAGGUGCAGUGAGUGUGCCCUCUGAGCCCUCAGACCCAAUUACCUGCAAAGAUGACAUUAUUGAGCCACGCAUUAUGGUAGAUGCCAUCUUUAAGGAUGUUAUUCUACUGAAGGCAGGGGAGUCCUUCAAGCUUGAUGCUGAUAUUGCUGGUCAACCAACCCCAUCUAUGGUUUGGACCAAGAACGGAAAGGAGGUUGAGAACACGCUGAAACUGGAGAUAAAGUUCACUGAACUGGAAACCACUCUGACCAACAAGGACUCUGUCAGAUCAGAUGGAGGAGAAUUUGUUUUGACUGCCACUAAUGUUGGUGGAUUUGCUAAGCACAUCUUUAAGGUUAAAGUGCUUGACAGACCUGGACCACCGGUUGGACCUCUUGAGGUGUCUGAUGUCACCGCUGACAACUGUAUACUGACCUGGGCUCCACCAGCAGAUGAUGGAGGUGCCAAAAUUGAAGGUUAUGUGAUUGAGAAGCGUGAGUCAAGCAGACUGGUUUGGACCAAUGUAGUCUCAGACCUGCAAGUUACACAGUACAAGGUGACCAAGCUGCUUAAAGGAAAUGAAUACAUCUUCAGAGUUAUGGCUCUAAACAAGUAUGGACUUGGCGAGUCUCUUGAGUCAGAACCCACUAUUGCAGAAAACCCAUAUGUGGUUCCAGAUCCUCCAGGAAAUCCUGAGGUGACUGCUAUCACUAAAGAUUCAAUGGUUGUUAUGUGGCAAGCGCCUAAGAGUGAUGGUGGAACUCCCAUCACCCACUACAAUAUCCAAAGGAAAGACAGAAUAGGCCUCCGUUGGGUCAAAUGCAACAAGAGGAAGGUCAAAGAUCUACAGUUUAAGGUAACAGGCCUUGUUGUCGGACAUGAAUAUAAAUUCAGAGUAGUUGCAGAGAAUGCUGCUGGAGUAAGUCCACCAAGUGCCUCGAGUCCAUUCUAUAAGGCCACCGACGGACUGUAUAAGCCAGGAGCCCCAUCCAACCCCAGAAUCUUGGACACAACUAAGUCCUCAAUUACUGUUGCCUGGAACAAACCUGUAUAUGAUGGUGGCUCUGACAUCACUGGCUACAUGGUGGAGACCUGCAUCCCAUCUGAAAAGGCGGAAGAUGAGGAAUGGACUAUUGUGACACCCAAAGAAAGACUUCUUGCCACCUCAUUCACCAUUAUUAACCUGAAGGAAAACCAGGAGUACAAGAUUAACAUCUCUGCUGUCAACAGUGAAGGAGUUGGAGAGGCAGCAUCUGUACCUGGUAAUCCCAAGGCAGAGGACAGGCUCCUCCCACCUGAGAUUGAGUUGGAUGCUGAGCUCCGCAAGGUUGUCAGUCUUAGAGCUUGCUGCUCACUUAGACUGUUUGUGCCUAUCAGAGGCAGACCAGCUCCUCAGGCUAAAUGGACCAAAGGAGAUGGUGAGCGUGUUGAGAGGGCAACCAUUGACAGCACAACAUCUUACACAUUACUUGUAAUUGAAAAUGUCAACAGAUUUGACAGUGGGAAGUAUAAUCUUACAGUUGAAAACAGCUCUGGCUCUAAGACAGUUACGGUCCAAGUCAGGGUGCUUGACACACCAAGUGCCCCACAGAAUCUCAAGAUUACUGCUGUAACUAAAGAAGCUGUCACUCUGACUUGGGAUCCACCAGCGAAUGAUGGAGGAGUAAAGAUUAAGAAUUAUAUUGUUGAAAAACGCGAGUCCACAAGGAAAGCAUAUGCCACAGUCAAAGCCAUGUGUCAUCAUACCACCUUUACAGUAGACCAACUCUUGGAAGGUUGCAACUAUUACUUCAGAGUUUUAGCUGAGAAUGAAUAUGGCAUUGGCCUGCCCAUUGAGACUAUUGAAUCAGUUAAAGUGUCUGAGAAACCACAGCCACCUGGCAAAAUCACUCUUAAGGAUGUUACCAAGAACAGCGUCACCCUCUCCUGGGAGAAGCCAGAGCAUGAUGGAGGAAGCAGAGUGGGCUGUUAUGUUGUUGAGAUCCAGCCAAAGGGUGUUGAUAAGUGGACCCAGGCUGUGAUAGUAAAGGAAACAGAAGCUACUAUUAGUGGACUCAUUGCAGGUGAAGAAUACAUGUUCCGUGUAGCAGCAAAAAAUGAGAAAGGAGCAAGUGACCCACGUGAAUUCGGUGUGCCUGUGAUUGUGAAAGAUCUUGUGAUUGCCCCUGUUGCCAAAAUGUUGUUCAACACAUUCAGUGUGUUAGCAGGAGAAGACCUGACAGUACAAGUUCCAUAUGUUGCACGUCCCAAAGCAGCUAUCACCUGGGUAAAAGAUGGUCAGCCUCUGAAAAGAACUACCAGAGUAAACUUUAGUGAAACAGACACACUGUUGGACCUCAGCAUAAAAGAGGCUACUAAAGAUGAUGUUGGAAAGUACCACAUUACCUUAAGCAACACAGCAGGAGAGUCAUCAGUCAACAUUGGCGUUGUUGUGCUUGACAAACCCGGCCAGCCUGGUGGUCCAGUAAAGGUGGAGGAGGUCACCUCUGACAGUAUAACCAUCUCCUGGAAGCCACCAGAGUAUGAUGGUGGUUGCACCAUCAAAAACUACCUUGUGGAAAAGAGAGACACAUCCACAACGAACUGGAUGGUUGUAUCUCCAAACCUUGCAAGGACCAAAAUCAAGGCAGGCAGGUUGAAGACUGGGUCUGAGUAUCAGUUUAGAGUCACAGCCGAAAACAGAUAUGGGAAAGGCCCAGCUCUACUCUCAGAGUGUAUUGUGGCUCAGUAUCCAUACAAGCUCCCAGGACCCCCAGGAACACCAUCCAUUGCAGCCUGCACCAAGGACAGUAUGGUAGUGGCCUGGAAUGAACCUGUGAUUGAUGGUGGAAGUACCAUCUUGGGCUACCAUCUUGAACGCAAAGAGAGAAACAGCAUCCUGUGGGUGAAACUUAACAAGUCUCUUAUUACAGACCAGACCUUCAAGACCACUGGUCUCGAACCAGGAAUGGAAUAUGAAUUCAGAGUUUAUGCUGAAAACAUUGUUGGAAUAGGCAAAGUGAGCAAAGUGUCUGAGGGACGUGUUGCUAGAGAUCCUUGUGAUCCCCCUGGUACCCCAGAGGCAACAAAGAUCAGUAAGGACUCCGUGACCAUUGCUUGGACCAAGCCUGAAUAUGAUGGUGGAGCAAAGGUUACAGGCUACGUUGUGGAAAAGAAGGAUCUUCCUGAGGGUCGCUGGGUGAAGGCUAACUUUACCAACAUCAUUGAGACCGAAUAUGUUGCAACUGGACUUGUGCAGGACAACCAGUAUGAGUUCCGUGUCAUUGCCAGAAAUGCUGCUGGUGUUUUCAGUAUGCCCUCAUACAGCACUGGUCCUAUCACUGCAAGGGAUGAGAUUGAACCACCACGUAUCAGCAUUGACCCAGAGUACACACAGACUAUUGUUGUUAAUGCUGGAGACAACUUUAAGAUUGAUGCUGAUGUUCAUGGCAAACCAUUGCCUUCUAUCCACUGGAUGAAGGGAGAGCAGGAACUGGGUAACACUAUUCAUAGAGAAAUUAAGAACACACCCACCAAAGCAUAUAUAUCUGUCAAGGAAGCUAAACUUUCCGAUGGAGGCCAGUACACUCUGCUACUCAAAAAUCCAGGAGGAGAAAAGGCUGUACAGGUCAAUGUUGUUGUUCUGGAUAAACCCGGAGAACCACAAGGACCUCUUGUUGUUACAGGAAUAACCAAAGAGCAGUGCUGCCUUGCUUGGAAGCCACCACUACAGGAUGGUGGCAGCAAGAUCUCUCACUACAUUGUAAAGAGGAGGGAGACAGGCAGACUCGUCUGGACUGUUGUUGACUCAAAAGUGGAGAAGAUUUGUUUGAAAAUUACUAAGCUCCUGGAAGGAAAUGAGUACAUCUUCAGAGUCCAUGCUGUCAACCAAUUUGGAGUGGGUGCACCACUCGAGUCUGCUGCUGUCAUGAUCAAAGAUCCAUAUGCUGUCCCUGGAGCACCUAAGAGCUUGGAAGUUUCAGAUAUUAAAAAGGAUUCAAUGGUGCUCACUUGGGAGGCUCCUUCUGAAGAUGGAGGCAGUCCUGUCACUGGAUACAUAAUUGAGAAACAUGACAAAGAAGGUGUAAGAUGGACAAGAUGCAACAGGAAUACAGUCACUGACUUGACUUUCAAGGUCACUGGACUCUUGGAGAGCCAUAACUACGAAUUCAGAGUUGCAGCUGAGAAUGCUGUAGGUGUUAGUGAGCCAAGCUCCCCAACUGUGUUCUAUAAAGCCCUUGAUCCCAUCUUUAGGCCUGGCCCACCACACAAUCCAAGAGUAACUGACACAACUAAAUCCUCAGUUUUCCUGUCAUGGGGCAAGCCUGUCUGUGAUGGAGGCUGUGAGAUUCAGGGAUAUAUUGUUGAGUGCUGUACUACCACAGAGCCAGCAGUUCCAGCUGAAGUUCCAGCCGCAAAGGAAGCUGCUACAGAAGCCCCUGCUGAGGAAUGGACAAUGUGCACGCCACCAACAGGUGUCAAGAAGACCAAGUUUGAGGUUGCAAACCUGAAGGAAAACCAGGCAUACAAGUUUAGAGUGUGUGCUAUCAACAAAGUAGGAGUUGGUGAGCAUGCUGAUGUCUCUGGAGCUGUUGUUGCACAGGACAGGGCAGAAGAGCCGGACCUUGACAUUGACCCAGAACUGAGAAAGAUUGUGACCAUAAAAGCUGGAGCUUCCCUCAGACUAUUUAUUCCCAUCAAAGGAAGGCCCACUCCUACCAUCAAGUGGGACAAAGAUGAAGCUGCACUUAAAGAGACAGCUCAGGUCGAGGUGACCAGCAGUUACACAUCCCUUGUAAUUGACAAGAUGAGCAGAAAUGAUAGUGGAAAAUACACCAUCACUGCAGAAAAUGCCAGUGGAACCAAAUCUGCAUUUGUUGUGGUCCGUGUUCUUGACACACCUAGUGCUCCUGUUAACUUGAAAGUGAAAGAAAUUACAAACCAGUCGGUGACACUGGCAUGGGAGCCACCUCUGUUGGAUGGGGGCUCCAAGAUCAAGAACUACGUCGUUGAAAAGAGGGAAAGCACACGCAAAACAUAUGCAGCUGUUGUAACAAAUUGUCAUGCUCUUUCGUGGAAGAUUGAGCCACUUCAGGAGGGUUGUAGUUACUACUUCAGAGUCCUUGCUGAGAAUGCACAUGGUGUUGGCAUGCCUGCAGCAACUGUCGAUCCUCUUAAGGUCUCCGAGGUGCCCCAGUGUCCGAAGAGCUUGAGUGUUACAGAUCAAACCAGAACAAGCAUCUCAUUGGCCUGGGAGAAGCCUGAGUAUGAUGGUGGUAGCAGAGUCAUGCAGUACCUGCUAGAAGUGAGCCUUAAGGGCCAGGAGAAGUGGUCUGCUGUUAACACGUUCAAGACAAUGGAAGCUACUGUUUCCAAUCUGAACGCAGGAGAGGAGUAUCUGUUCAGAGUUAUAGCAGUCAAUGAUAAGGGAAAGAGUGAUCCCAAAGCCCUUGCUGGUCCAGUGAUGACGAAGGACUUAGUCUUUGAGCCAGAUGUUCGACCAGCAUUCAGCAGCUACAGUGUCAAUGUGGGCAAAGACCUGAAUGUUGACAUUCCCUACUUUGGACGUCCUAAGCCAACAGUCUCAUGGAGUAAAGAUGGAGCUCCAUUGAAAUUCACUACCAGAGUUAACAUUCACGAAACACCAACACAUACGACACUGAGCAUUAAGGAGGCAGCAGGUGAUGAUGGUGGCAUGUACAGUAUAAAUGUAGCUAACUCAGCUGGAAAGAAGGACACAACAGUUGAAAUCAUUGUACUUGACAAGCCUGGACCUCCAUCCGGCCCUGUGAGGUUUGAUGAAAUCACAACACAGAGUGUCACUCUUUCAUGGAAUCCACCAAAGCACAAUGGUGGCUGCCAGAUUUCAAACUACAUUGUACAGAAGAGAGAUACUACCACAACAACAUGGGAAAAUGUCAGCAUCAACUGUGCCAGAACCACCAUCAAAGUGCCUAGACUGAAGACUGGAGCGGAGUACCAGUUCAGGAUCAUUGCUCAGAACCGCUAUGGCAAGAGUCAUGGUCUAGAUUCAUCUUCCGUGGUUGCUCAGUACCCAUACAGAGAGCCAGGCCCUCCAGGCACUCCCUUCAUCUCUUCUCUCUCUAGGGACCACCAAAUUGUUGAGUGGCACGAACCUGUCUCAGAUGGAGGCAGUGCUGUCCUUGGCUACCAUCUUGAAAGGAAAGAGAGGAAUAGUAUUCUUUGGGUCAAGAUCAACAAGACACUUAUACAUGAGACUACUUUCAAGAGUCACCCCCUGGAGGAGGGUAUUGAGUAUGAAUACAGGGUUUAUGCUGAAAACAUUGUUGGCAUUGGCAGGUGCAGUAAGGUCUCAGAGGGCUGUGUUGCCCGUGACCCGUGUGAUCCUCCUGGUACACCAGAGGCCAUCCAUGUAACCAAAGAUACCAUUGUCAUCCAGUGGACUAAACCAGAGUAUGAUGGUGGCAGUAAUAUAACUGGCUAUACUGUGGAGAAGCGUGAUCUGCCAGAGGGCAGGUGGGUAAGGGCAAACUUUACCAAUGUGAUUGAGACCCAGUUCACUGUCACUGGACUGACUGAAAAUGCACAGUAUGACUUUAGAGUCAUUGCUAAAAAUGCUGUCGGCACCAUCAGUAAGCCAUCCUACAACAGCGGACCAAUCACUGCAAGUGAUAAGUUAGAGGCACCCAAAUUCUCCAUUGACCCUACAUUUACCAAGACCAUUAUCGUCAAUGCUGGAGAGACCUUUAAGCUGGAUGCUGAUGUCCGUGGCAAGCCACUCCCCACCAUCCAGUGGUUCAAGGAUGAAAAGAUAAUCGAGAAUACACUCAGACUAGAGAUUAAAAACACAGAGGACCGUGCAAUGAUUGUCAUUAAGGACUCUGUUAGAAUUGAUGGUGGAAUUUACACACUCCAGUUGACAAAUAUGGCUGGUAGUGAAACUGUUCCAUUCAACGUUGUGGUCCUGGACAGGCCUAGCCAAUGUGAAGGACCCCUUCACAUCACCGGAGUAGCUGAAGAUAGAUGCACACUGGUGUGGCGUGCCCCUCUACAUGAUGGAGGUAGUCCUAUUAAGCACUACGUAAUUGAGAGAAGAGAGACCAGUCGUCUAGCUUGGACAGUUGUUUCUAGCAGCUGUGAAACCACACGCUACAAAGUCACCAAAUUAUUGGAAGGCAAUGAGUAUAUGUUCCGUGUCAUGGCCGUUAACAGUUAUGGUGCCAGUGAGCCACUGGAGUCUAGUGGAGUGAUUAUGAAGACUCCAUUUGUUCCUCCUGGUCCACCUCAUAUUGAGGAUGUAUCAAACAUAGCUCAUGAUGGCAUGACUAUCACUUGGUCAGCCCCUGAGACAGAUGGUGGCAGUGAGAUUACCAAUUACAUAAUUGAAAAGAAGGACAGACAUGGAAUCAAAUGGACCAGAUGCAACAGACAGAAAGUCACUGAUCUCACCUUCAGAGUUACAGGCCUAUCCACCGGCCAUGAAUAUGAGUUCAGGGUGGCUGCAGAGAAUAUAGUUGGAGCAGGAGAGCCAAGCCUUCCUAGUUCAUACUACAAAGCCAGUGAUCCCAAGUACAAACCCGGUGCCCCAGCAUAUGUGAACGUAAUUGAUUCCACUAAGAGCUCCAUUACAGUGUCAUGGGGUAAGCCUCUCUCUGAUGGCGGUAGUGCCAUUCAAGGAUACAUUGUUGAAGUCUGCAAGGCUGAGGAGGAGGAAUGGACCAUGGUCACUCCCCCCACUGGCCUGCGUGUCAACAAAUAUGAAAUAACCAAACUUACUGAGAGUCAGGAGUAUAAGAUUCGGGUGUGUGCUUUGAACAAACUGGGAGUUGGUGAGCCAGCAGCUCUCUCUGGAACAGCUAAGCCAGAGGAAAGGGUGGACCCACCAGAGAUCCACCUUGACUCUGUGCUGAGGAAGGGCAUCACUUUGAAAGCUGGUGGAUCUGUGAGAAUCCAUAUUCCAUUCAAGGGCAGGCCAACACCUGAAAUUAAGUGGACUAAGGAUGAGGGACCCGUAACUGAAAAAGCAGUUAUUGAGAAAGCUCUUAACUUCACACAGUUGUCCAUUGACUCAUGUGACAGGGGUGAUUCAGGAAAAUACAUGCUGACCCUGACAAACAGCAGUGGCUCGGUGUCUGAGUUUGUUGCUGUUAAAGUCCUGGAUACACCUGGUGCCCCACAGAACCUUGUUGUUAAAGAAGUCAAAAAGGACUCAGUCAUUCUUGUAUGGGAUGCCCCACUGAUUGAUGGAGGUUCCAAAAUCAAGAAUUAUGUAAUUGACAAACGGGAAUCAACCAGAAAGGCAUAUGCAAAUGUGUCCAUGAAAUGCACGAAGACAACUUUCAAGGUUGAGAACUUGAUUGAAGGCGCUAUGUACUACUUCAGAGUCAUGGCUGAGAAUGAAUAUGGAAUCGGCCAGGCUGUUGAAACAAAGACUGCUUCGAAGGCCUCUGAGGUACCACUGCCUGUUGGAAAAAUCUUCCUCACUGAUGUCACCAAGGCCAGUGUCUCACUGGCCUGGGAGAAACCUGAGCAUGAUGGAGGUAGUAGAAUUGGUGGAUACCUAAUUGAGAUGCAACCCAAGGGUACAGAUAAGUGGGGAGUUGCAACAAAUACAAAGACAUGUGAGGGCACUGUCACAGGCCUCUCAGCAGGAGCAGAAUACCUAUUCCGUAUAAUUGCUUACAAUGAGAAGGGAAAGAGUGAGCCAAAGGCACUUGCUGCACCUGUUGUCGCCAGUGACAUGACCAUGGAGCCAAGCAUUAAGAUGCAAUUCAACACCUACAGUGUAUUAGCUGGAAAAGAUUUGAAGCUGGAGUUCCCUGUGCUUGGCAGGCCCAAACCUCGUGUUACCUGGAUGAAGGAUGGUCAGCCUUUGAAGGUGACAUCCAGGCUCAAUGUUUUACAAACUCCAACAACAACUGGAAUUCAAAUUACAGAGGCAUCCAAGGAGGACUUUGGCAAGUAUUCCAUUACAGCAACCAGCAAUGUCGGCACAAUCACUGAGGAUGUUACUGUCAUUAUCCUUGACAAGCCUGGUCCACCAAAAGGUCCAAUCAAGGUUGUUGAAGUGAGCAACACCUUUGUCCAUCUCUCCUGGGAGCCUCCAGAGUAUAUGGGCGGAUGCCAGGUAAAGAACUACAUAGUGGAGAAGAGAGACACUACCACCACAACAUGGCAGCCAGUCACCACGCAGCUUGCUAGAACAGCUUUUAAGGUCACCAAGCUGAAAACUGGUGCAGAAUACCAGUUCAGAAUCAUAGCUGAAAACAGAUAUGGAAAGGGUGUGUCUCUGGAUUCCAAGUCCAUUGUUGUUCAAUAUCCAUACAAACCACCAGGGCCUCCAGGAACACCAUUUGUCAAAUCUGCAACUAAGGAAAUGAUGAUAAUUGAAUGGAAUGAGCCAGUCAGUGAUGGUGGAAGUGCAGUUAUUGGUUACCAUCUAGAAAGCAAGGAGAGGAGCAGCAUCAUGUGGAACAAACUGAACAAGACUCUUAUCACUGAUACUCAAUUCAAGAUCUGCAAUCUUGAGGAGGGUAUUGGAUAUGAAUUCAGAGUCUAUGCUGAAAAUAUUGUUGGCAUUGGAAGAUGCAGUAAAGUAUCCGAGUCCUUUGUUGCUCGUGACCCAUGUGAUCCGCCCGGUGCUCCUGAAGCUGUAUCUAUUUCUAAGACCCAAAUAACGAUUCAGUGGACCAAGCCUCAGUAUGAUGGUGGCAGCAAAGUGAACGGCUAUAUUGUAGAAAGAAAAGAUCUUGCCUCCCCUGAUAAGCGCUGGGUAAGAGCUAAUUUCACUAAUAUAAUUGAGACUGAGUAUAUCGUCACUGGCCUGACAGAGAAUGAGCAAUAUGAAUUCAGAGUUGUUGCAAGAAAUGCAGCUGGAGUCUUCAGCGAGCCAUCUGAUAGCUCUGGACCUAUUACUGCUACUGAUGAAAUUGAACCACCCAGAGCCUCAAUGGAUCCCAAAUACAAGGAUGUUAUUUUUGUCAAUGCUGGAGAACACUUGCUUCUUGAUGCAGACAUUUAUGGAAAACCGAUUCCUGAAGUUGCCUGGCUAAAAGAGGGCAAGGAAAUGGAAAAAGCCCUGCGCAUUGAAGUGAAAACAACACAAAAACGUGCAGCCAUGACCAUUAAGGAUGUAACCAAACUUGAUGGUGGCCACUAUGACCUUGUUCUCAAAAAUCUGGGUGGUACAAAAACCUUCCCUAUCACUGUCAAAGUCCUUGAUAAGCCAGGUCCACCCAUUGGACCAAUGAACGUGACAGGAGUCAUGGCCGACAGGUGCAUCCUUUCCUGGUCUGAACCAGCUCAGGAUGGUGGGGCUAGCAUCACUCACUACAUUCUGGAGAAGAGAGAGACUAGCAGGUUGUCCUGGACAGUGGCUGCACCAAAUGUCAAGGGUCUGUUCUAUAAACUAACAAAUCUGCUCCCUGCAAAUGAAUACAUUUUCAGAGUCAGGGCAGUCAACAAAUAUGGUGCUGGUGAUUGUCUUGAGAGUGAACCCAUCAUUGCACGCAAUCCUUACAAGCCACCUUCAGCCCCUGGAACUCCAGAAGCAAGUCAGAUUACAAAGGACUCUAUGGUACUAUCAUGGACUGCUCCAGAACAGACUGGUGGAGCUGACAUUGAAGGCUACCACCUUGAAAAACGUGACAAAGAUAGUGUAAGGUGGACAAAAUGUAACAGACAAAAGCUAACUGACACACACUUGAAGGUCACAGGUCUAAUGACAGACCACUUCUAUGAGUUCCGUGUUGCUGCUGAGAAUGAGGCUGGAAUGGGAGAGCUUAGUGAACUGUCCCUAUUCUACAGAGCAUGUGAUGCCACAACACCCCCUGGACCUCCACACCAUCCUAAGGUAACAGACUACACAAAGUCUUCUGUGUCUCUGUCCUGGGGCAAACCUGACUUUGAUGGUGGUGCCUACAUAAAAGGUUACAUUGUUGAAAUGAGGGAGUAUACACCAGUGCCUGAAUCAACAGAGGAGACAGAAGUAGCCCCAACAGUGGAAAAAGAGUGGACCAUGUGCACUCCACCCACUGGCAUUCAAGCCACUAAACUCUCUAUCACAGACCUGAAGGAGGGUGGAGAGUAUCAGUUCCGUGUCUGCGCUAUCAAUUCUGAGGGAGUGGGGGAGGCUGCUAACGUCCACAGCACUGUGGUUACUUCUGACAGGGUAGAAGCACCAGAGAUUGAGCUGGAUGCUGAUCUCAGAAAGGUGGUGUCUGUGCGUGCUGGUGGAACUCUGCGUCUGUUUGUCACCAUCAGGGGAAGGCCUGAACCUGCUGUGAAAUGGGAGAAGGUUGAGGGUACUCUCACAGAGCGUGCUGCAAUUGACACCACCAGUUCAUACACCAUGCUUGUCAUUGACAAUGUUAAUCGCUUUGACAGUGGCAAGUACUCCCUAACACUUGAGAACAGCAGUGGUUCAAAAUCAGCUGUUGUUGCAGUGAGAAUUUUGGACACACCAAGUGCACCACAAAACUUUGCUGUGAAGGAGCUCAAGAAGGACUCUGUGACUCUUGCCUGGGAUACACCACUCACUGAUGGUGGUUCUAAAAUCACAAACUACAUUGUAGAGAAGAGAGAGUCUGUCAGGAAGGCCUAUACUACAGUCACCAGCAACUGCAUGGCCAACUCAUUCAAGAUUGAAGAUCUGCCUGAGGGUGGCAUUUUUUACUUCAGAGUUUGUGCUGUAAAUCAGUAUGGCCAAGGACAGAUGGUUGAAACCAAAGAAGUCAAAGUGGCUGAGGUACCACUGCCACCAAGCAAGGUUAGCCUUGUGGAUUUGACAAAGACCAGUGUGUCACUGGCAUGGGAAAAACCUGCUCAUGAUGGUGGAAGCAAAGUCAUGUGUUACAAUGUAGAAUUUAUGCCUAAGAGGGGAGACAAAUGGGGCACAGCAUGCACAGCCAAGGGGCUAGAAGCAACUAUUCCUAAUCUGACUCCUAAUGAAGCCUAUUUAUUCAGAGUUAUUGCAAUCAAUGAGAAAGGAAAGAGUGAGCCAAAGGAUCUUGGCUUGCCUGUGGUUGCAAAGGAUGUUGCAAUUGAACCAUCUGUCAACUUACUAUUUACCACAUACAGUGUGAAGGCUAAAGAUGACCUCAUUGUUGAGGUUCCUGUAAGAGGCAGACCAAAGCCUGUUGUAUCCUGGAAGAAGGAUGGCCUUCCUUUGAAGCAAACAUCAUCAGUGACCCUUGAAAGAACUGCAACCUCAACCAAAAUUAUCAUCAAAGACGCUAACAAAGAACAUGUUGGCAAGUAUGAACUCACCCUGGCCAACUCAGCAGGAACUGUCACAGCAGAUAUUGGAAUUGUUGUUCUUGAUAAACCAGGUCCACCUAAGGCUGUUAAGGUGGAUUCUGUUACGUCAGACAGCAUCACGCUGUCCUGGUCUCCACCAGAUUACGAUGGUGGCUGCUCCAUCAGUAACUAUAUUGUGGAGAAGAGAGACACAAACACACAAGAAUGGCAGAUGGCAGCAAGUAACAUUGCCAGAACAUCUUUCAAGGCUGGCCGCCUGACACAUGGAUCAGAGUACCAGUUCCGCAUAUAUGCAGUCAACCGUUAUGGAAAGAGUGUGUAUGUAGAUUCACCUGGAAUCACUGCUCAGUAUACUUUCAGACAACCCGGACCUCCCUCCACGCCUAUAGUGAAAUUGGCCACGAAGUCUUACAUGGUGGUGACUUGGAAUGAGCCAGUCAAUGAUGGUGGUAGUCCUGUUGUGGGCUACCAUCUGGAGAGGAAGGAGCGUUCUAGCAUUCUUUGGACAAAGAUGAAUAGAGGAAUGAUCAAAGAUACAGAAUACAAAGUCAAUGGAGUUGAAGAGGGCAUGAUGUAUGAAUACCGUGUCUAUGCUGAAAAUAUUUCUGGUAUUGGUAAAUGCAGCAAGGCCUGUGAAGCUGUAGCAGCCAGAGAUCCAUGUGAUCCUCCAGGCACACCUGUGGUCACUGCUAUUACCAGAACAUCUGUUUCCUUGUCUUGGGAUAAACCAGAGUAUGAUGGUGGAGCCAAGGUUACUGGCUACACCAUUGAACGCAGAGACCUUCCUGCAGGACGCUGGACAAGGUGCAACUUCACCAAUGUGCCUGAGACCCACUAUGAGGCAACAGGCCUUGUAGAGAACAGCCAGUAUGACUUCCGUGUCAUUGCUAAGAAUGCAGCUGGAUUGUUCAGUGAACCAUCUGACAACACUGGCCCCAUCACUGUCAAGGAUGAUGUGGAUCCACCGCGCAUCAUGAUGGAUGUCAAGUUCAGAGAGACAUUGCUUGUGAAAGCAGGAGAAACUCUGAAGAUUAAUGCUGACCUUGCUGGACGCCCCGCCCCUGUCAUUUCCUGGACCAAGGAUGGCAAAGAGAUUGAGCUGAGAGCCAGAAUCCAGAUUGUUUCAACUGAUACUAGCACUUCUGUCAUUGUGAAGGAUUGCAUUAGAAAAGAUUCUGGACAGUAUGCCCUGACUCUACAGAAUAUUGGUGGAACAGUAACAAUGCCAAUAAACUGUGUGAUUCUAGAUAAGCCAGGACCCUCAGCAGGACCUCUGCAGAUCACAGGUCUCACAUCUGAUUCAUGCACUCUGUCAUGGGGCCCUCCUCAGGAGACUGGUGGUGCUGAUAUCACACAUUAUGUUGUUGAGAAGCGUGACACCAGCCGCUUGGCAUGGACAGUGGUGAAGGGAGAAGUCACAAAAACAUACCUCAAAGUCACAGGACUGCUUAAGGGAGAUGAAUAUAUCUUCAGGGUUUUGGCUGUCAACAAGCAUGGACUUGGUGAGGCUCUGGAGAGUGAUGCUGUAAAGAUUACAGAUCCAUACACUGUUGCCGCUGCUCCAACGAAUGUUGACGUCACUACCAUAACUGGAGAUUCAAUGACCCUCACCUGGUGCAAGCCACCCAGUGAUGGAGGCAGCCCUAUCACUGGAUAUGUGAUUGAGCGCCGUGAGAAGACGGGUAUGCGCUGGGUCCGUGUGAACAGAGAUCCAGUUGUUGAAUGUACCACAGUUGCAACCAAACUACGUAAGGGCUGUGAGUAUGACUUCAGAGUCUAUGCUGAAAAUGCUGCUGGUCUGAGUCCUCCAAGUGAACGAUCUGCAACAUUCAGAGCACUAGAUCCUUUGGUUGCUCCCUCUCGCCCAACCAAGCCAAAGAUCGUGGAUUCAACCAAGGCCAGUGUGUCCAUUGUCUGGAAACCACCAGCAGAUGAUGGUGGUGCUCCCAUCCUUGGAUACAGUGUAGAAUACAGAGACUACAUCCGCAAACCAAAGCCAGAGGUUGAGGAAGAAGAGGAAGAAUAUGAGGAGGAGGAAGAGGAAGUGCCUGAAUCACCCGAAGAAUUAGCAAGAUGGGUUGAAGCUAUCCCUCUUACCAAAAGCUUGGAGUUCACAGUUACUGGACUUAAGACAGAUGCAGAAUAUGAAUUCUGUGUCAAGGCAAUAAACAAAGUUGGCAGCAGUGUGCGUAGCCCAUAUUCAGAUGGAGCUGCAGCAAAGGACAGAACUGCAGAGCCAUCAUUUGAUGUUGAUAUUGAGAUGCGUAAAGUACUUAUUGUCAAGCAUGGCACAGCAUUUACUCUCAAUGUACCAUUCAAGGGCAAACCUGUGCCUUCAGUGGCAUGGGCCAAGGAGGGCAUUGAUCUGAAGGUCAGAGGUACCAUUGAAUCAACAGAAAAUAGUACUUCACUGACCAUUGAGAAGUCAUCCAGAAAUGACUCUGGGGAGUACUGCGUCACUCUUGAAUCAUCAUUGGGAAAAGCAACAUUGCCUGUGGUUGUCAAGGUGCUUGACUCUCCUGGACCUCCUGUCAAUGUCAAAGUUUCAGCGGUGACCAGGGAUUCUGCAACCCUCACUUGGGAACUUCCAGAGAAUGAUGGUGGUGAUGCAGUGAAGGCCUACCAUGUUGAAAAACGCGAGGCCAGUAAGAAGGCCUGGGUGACUGUGACCAGCAACUGCCGCACACUGACAUACAAGGUAGAAGACUUGCAAGAGGGUGCUGUGUAUUACUUCAGAGUUAUUGGAGAAAAUGAGCAUGGAGUGGGUGUCCCUCAGGAGGCCAAGGCUGGAACAAAGAUCACAGAGGUACCAAGUCCACCCAUGAAACUUGGAGUUGCAAAUGUUACCAAGGACAGCGUUACGAUUGCCUGGACAAGACCAGAAUACGACGGUGGUAGCAGAGUCACUGGUUACCUCAUCGAUGCCCUGGAGAAGGGACAGACCAAGUGGGUGAAGUGUGCCACUGUGAGGACCAUGACCCACACGAUCAAGAGCCUGAGGGAGUGUGCCGAGUACUACUUCAGAGUCCGCGCGGAGAACCAUGCUGGACUCAGUGAACCGAAGGAGAUGAUUGUUCCUGUUAUUGUCAAGGAAAUACAUGAGGCACCAGAGUUUGACCUAAAGAACUACCCCAAGAAUACAGUUUAUGUGAAAGCAGGAUCCGACCUGACCUUCGAGAUUCCUCUCACCGGCAGGCCCAUGCCUAAGGUGACAAUGUCCAAGAACAAUGUUGUCAUUAAGGGAUCCAAGAGGCUGCUAACAGAAGUAACUCCAGACAGUUUAAUCAUCACCCUAACUGAAAGCAUUUCAAGUGACGCUGGCAAAUAUGAAGUCACUGCCUCAAAUCCGGGAGGUACCACCAAGAUCCCCCUUAUUUUUGUUGUGCUGGACAAACCUGGACCUCCUGUAGGUCCAGUCGAGGUCGGAGAGGUCGGAGAGACCACAGCGUGUCUGAAAUGGGGUCUUCCAGAGUAUGAUGGUGGCAGUCCUGUUACCAACUACAUUGUUCUGAAACGUGAAACCAGCACUCCUACCUGGGCAGAGGUGUCAACUACCAUUGCCAGAAGUGCAAUCAAAGUGACUAAGCUGACCAAAGGAGAAGAGUAUCAGUUCAGAAUCAAGGCUGCGAAUCGCUUCGGUGUCAGUGACCAUAUUGACAGCAAGCCAGUCAUGAUAAAGCUUCCAUACACCAUCCCUGGACCUCCAUCCACACCAUGGCUCAGCUUUGUCUCUAGAGAGAGUCUGACAGUCUGCUGGAAUGAGCCGGUCAAUGAUGGUGGAAACCCUGUAAUUGGAUACCAUCUCCAGAUGAAGGAGAGGAGCAGCAUCCUCUGGCAGAAGAUCAAUAAGACAGCAAUCUCAGGAAACCAGUGGCGAGUCACAAACAUCUGUCCUGGCCUCAUCUAUGAAUUCAAGGUGGCAGCAGAAAAUGCCGCCGGAAUUGGAAAGAUGAGCAAGACCUCUGAAGAGGUGCUUGCUAUUGAUGCUUGCGAGCCCCCAGCAAAUGUCCAUAUCACAGAAGUCACCAAGAACUCAGUCAGCCUUGCCUGGCAGAGACCUCCAUUUGAUGGUGGCAGCAAGAUAACAGGCUACAGUGUGGAGAGGAGGGAAGCUCCCAGUGGCAGAUGGGUGAAGGCCAACUUCACAAACAUUAUUGACCUGGGCUUUACUGUAUCCGGACUGACCCAGGAUGAGUCUUACGAGUUCAGAGUUUUCGCCAAGAAUGCUGUUGGAUCUGUCAGCAACCCAUCUCUCAUUGCCGGCCCAGUCACUUGUGUUGAUGCAUGUGGUGCCCCAGCCAUUGACCUUCCUCCAGAGUAUCUGGAUGUGGUUCAGUACAAGGCUGGAGCUUCAGUUAAGCUUAGAGUUGGAAUCAUUGCCAAGCCUCUGCCAACAAUUGAGUGGCUCAAGGAUGGAAAGGAGCUGGUGCCAACCUCUACCCUGUCUGUUGAAAGCACAACUGACACUUCUGCUGUUCUGAUCAAGGAUGCAUCUCGCUUCGACACGGGCUCAUAUGAGAUCAAGAUCAAGAAUGUUCUUGGCUCAGCAUCUGCAACCAUCAGGAUUGAAAUCCUAGACAAACCUGGACCCCCGGCAGGUAUCGUUAACUUCAACUCUGUCACGGAAGACAGGAUCAUCUUCAGCUGGGAGCCUGUGCCUGAGUCUGACCAGGGAGGUUUCAAGGUGACCCACUACAUUGUUGAGAGGCGCGAAACCAGUCGAGUGGUCUGGUCCACAGUUUCAGACCGGCAUGAGCAAACACACAUAACAGCCAGCAAGCUAAUGCGUGGAAAUGAGUAUGUGUUCCGCGUAAUGGCUGUUAAUAAGAUUGGAGUUGGAGAGCCACUGGUAUCGGAGCCGGUCAUUGCUAAGAACGCCUUUGUAACUCCUGGGCAGCCUCACACUCCUGAGGUAAAUAUCAUCACUAAGUCCACCAUGGUGGUGGAAUGGGACAAACCAGGUGUAGAUGGAGGUAGCCCUGUUACAGGCUACUAUCUGGAGAGACGUGAUAAGAAGAGCUUGCGCUGGAUUAGAGUUUACAAAGACCCUGUCAAAAACAUCAAACAGACAGUCUACCAUCUGACAGAAGGAAAUGAGUACCAAUAUCGCGUCUGUGCCAUUAACAAGGCUGGAGAGGGACCAUUCUCUGAUGCAUCAGACUACUACAAGGCUGCUGACCCAGUUGAUCCACCUUAUGAGCCUUGCAAGCUGAAGGUGGUGGAUUCCACCAAGACAUCCAUCACCUUGGGCUGGUCCAAGCCAGAAUGGGAUGGAGGCAGUGAGAUCACCAGCUACAUGGUGGAGAAGCUUGUUGAGGGAGAGGUGGAAUGGGCUAUGAUCACCUCCAAGGGAGAGGUCAAGACAACAGAGUACAUAGUUCACAACCUAAAACCAGAUGUCAACUACUUCUUCAGAGUGUCGGCAGUCAACUGUGCUGGCCGUGGAGAACCUCUGGAGAUGACUGAGCCUGUGCAAGCCAAGGAUAUCCUGGAGGAGGCCCAGAUUGACACAGAUGUAGCCAUGAGAACUCACUAUAUUGUUAAGGCUGGGAAAGAUGUGGAGCUCUCUGUUCCUCUAAAGGGCAGACCUGCUCCCACUGCUUCUUGGAGUAAGGGAGAAGAAUGCAUCGAUCGUGACCCCAAAUAUGAAUUCCACCACUCAGACACUACCACAGUCCUUGUUAUGCGUGAGGUUACCAGGCUUGACACUGGAAAGUACACAGUGAAGAUAGAGAAUGGUGUUGGAGAGCCAAAGAUCCUAACCCUGUCUGUGAAGGUUCAGGAUACUCCAGCUCAGUGCAGGAACCUGGUCCUGAAGGAUGUGACCCGUGGAAAGGUCACUCUCUGCUGGGAGCCUCCACUCCUUGAUGGCGGUGCUGAGAUCACAAACUACAUUGUUGAAAAGAGGGACUCCUCCAAGAGAUCCUUCUCUGCAGUGACAAACAAAUGCACAGACACUACAUAUACCCUUGAAGACCUCUCAGAGAAGACAUCCUACUUCUUCCGUGUGUUAGCAGAGAAUGAGAAUGGUGUAGGUGAUCCAUGUGAAACAGUUGAGCCUUUGAAGGCCACAGAGACUCCAGGACCAGUCAAGGAAGUUUCCAUGAAGGAUUCGUCCAAGACUUCUAUCACUCUGCAGUGGCUGAAGCCAGAUUACGAUGGCGGCAGCAUCAUCUCUGACUACGCGAUUGAGAAGAAGCUCAAGGGCGAGGACUGGUCAAUGGCAGGAACCAGCAGGCAAUGUGAGUUUGAGGUCAAGAAACUCAAGGAGCACUCAGAAAUGUUCUUCAGAGUUGCCGCCAGGAAUGAGAAAGGACGGGGUGACUUUGUUGAGAUUGGGCCUAUCAAGGUCAUUGAGUACCUUAUCACACCUGAGGCAAACCUUUCAGAGUACCCACAAGGCCGCAUUAAUGUUCGUCUGGGUCACAAUGUGCACAUUGAGCUGCCAUACAAAGGUAAACCCAAACCCUCCAUUCUGUGGCUGAAGGACAACCUGCCUCUGAAGGAGAGCGACCAAAUCCGCUUCAAGAAGACAGAAAACAGAGCCACUCUAAUGAUUAAGAAUGUGAAGAAGGAGAAUGAGGGUAAAUACACCCUGACACUUGACAAUUUGGUCAACAGGAAAUCCUUCCAUGUCCAUGUCAUCACACUUGGACCACCAUCAAAGCCUGUUGGACCCAUCCGCUUGGAUGAAGUGAGAGCUGAGAGCAUCAUGAUCUCCUGGGAAGAACCCGAUGACGAUGGUGGUGGAGACAUCACCUGCUACAGUGUAGAGAAGCGUGACACCUCCCAGCCCGACUGGAAGAUGGCCUGCUCCAGUGUAACAGGUACUCAGUUCAAGAUCCCCAACCUGAUCAAGGGUGUCCAGUACCAGUUCAGAGUGUGUGCUGAGAACAGAUAUGGUGUCAGCGAGCCUCUGGUCUCACAGAUGGUCAUCGCCAAGCACCAGUUCAGGCCCCCAGGCCCACCAGGCAAGCCUUUCGUUUACAAUGUCACCAAUGACGGCAUGUCCAUCCAGUGGGACAAGCCCAUCUAUGACGGUGGUACCCCCAUCCAGGGCUUCCAUGUGGAGAAGAAGGAAAAGAACAGCAUCAUGUGGCAAAAAGUGAACACUAUGCUGAUUAAAGAAACAGAAUACAGGAUCCUGGAGCUCAUUGAGGGCCUUGAGUACUCCUUCAGAGUCUAUGCCCAGAAUGAUGCUGGCUUCAGCCGAAUGAGUGAUGAGAGCAAGCCAGUCAUGGCUGUCAGUCCUGUUGAUGCUCCUGGCCAGCCUGACUACAUUGAUGUGACCAGUGACUCAGUGACACUGAAGUGGGAUGCCCCCAAACAUGAUGGUGGUAGCAAGAUUACCAGCUACAGCAUCGAGAAACGCCAAGGACAAGGCCGCUGGUUCAAGGCCAACUUGACUGAAGUACAUGACUGCCAGCACACUGUCACUGGAUUGGCAACAAAUGAACGCUAUGAGUUUAGAGUGACAGCCAGAAAUGCCAUUGGUGUCGUUAGUCCGCCCUCCAACUCCUCUGGCAUGAUUGUGGUCAGAAGUGAGAAUGCUGCUCCAAUUAUUGAGUUUGGCGCAGAGUACUUUGAGGGUUUGACAGUCAAGGCAGGAGACCACAUCAGGCUGAAGGCGACCAUCACUGGACGCCCUGUUCCUAAGGUCGUUUGGUUCAGAGACGGUGUGGAAGUUACCAAAAAGAUGAUGGACAUAAUCACUGUGGCUGGAUCCAGCACCCUGUUUGUCAGAGAUGCUGAUCGUACACACCGGGGCCUCUACACUGUCGAGGCUACCAACGGAUCUGGAAGCAAGAAGCUGGACAUCCUUGUUCAAGUUCAAGACACACCUGGGGAGCCGGUAGGACCCAUCACUUUCAGCAACAUCUCAGAGGGUAAGUGCACUCUGUCUUGGAACCCACCUGAGAACGACGGCUGCUCUGAGAUCUCACAUUACAUCAUUGAGAAGCGCGAGACUGCCAAGAUCUCCUGGGCUUUGGUGACUGAUGAAUGUAAGGAUUGCUUUUUCAACGCAACAAAGCUCAUCAAGACCAAUGAGUACCAGUUCAGGGUCUCUGCUGCUAACAAGUUUGGAGUUGGCAGGCCUUUGGAAUCCAGCCCCAUCAUUGCACAGAUGCAAUACACUACUCCUGAUGCUCCAGGCACUCCUGAUGCUACUGAGGUGACGGGAGAGACCAUCACCCUUUCCUGGACUUCUCCAACAUCUGACGGAGGAAACCCCAUUCAGUAUUACAUCUUAGAGAAACGAGAAAAGAAGACUGUCCGGUUCUACAAGGUGAUUACCAAGAAGCCCAUCAUUGAAUGUGCUCACAGGGUGCCCAAUCUGACAGAGGAUAUGGAAUACGAGUUCCGUGUGAUGGCCGUAAAUGACGCUGGUGUUGGAGCUCCUAGCAACAUCUCACUACCCAUCAAAGCCGCUGAGCCAAAGGAUAUUCCUUGUGCUCCAUCUGUGGUUUGUGUGUGCGAUUCCACUAAUACUUCCAUCAGCCUGGAAUGGUCCAGGCCUGCUGAUGAUGGAGGCAUGGAGAUUCUAGGCUACAUUAUUGAGAUGGUAAAGGGACAAGAGACCGAAUGGAAGAGAGUAAAUGAGGAGCUGGUGGCAGUAACAAAUUACACGGCGAUUGGUCUACAGACAGGAGCCGAGUACAAAUUCCGUGUCGCAGCUGUGAAUCAUGUGGGUAGAGGUGAGAACCGAGAGAUUCCAGAGCCUGCUCAGGCUGUAGACAGACUAACACCACCACAGGUGGAUAUUGACGCCACCUUCAAGCAGACACACAUUGUCAAGGCUGGAGGCUCAGUGUGCUUGGGCAUUCACUUCAGAGGAAAGCCAAUGCCUAAUGCCACCUGGGUGAAGGAGGAAGGGCAGCUGGGUGUCAUGUCAGAGGUCACAACUACAGAUGGCUACAGUUCUCUAAGCAUUGAAAACUGCUCAAGAAAUGAUACAGGAAAAUAUACUGUUAACCUGGAAAACUCUAGUGGCAGCAAGGCCAUUACAUUCACUGUAAAAGUGAUGGACUCUCCUGGACCUCCACAGGCUGUUGCCUUCAAGGAGGUGUCCAGAGGCUCAGUCACACUUGUCUGGGAGCCUCCUCUCAAUGACGGUGGUGCCAGAAUCCAGCAUUAUAUUGUGGAGAGACGUGAGGCUAGUCGCCGCACUUGGCAGCAGUCUGGUGGGAAGUGCACGCAGCGUAUCCUUAAGAUCCAGGACCUGCUGGAGGGAGUGCCAUACUUCUUCAGAGUCUCAGCAGAGAACCAGCAUGGUGUGGGUGAGGCAUUUGAGAUCACUGAGCCUGUCAUUGCCACCGCAGAGCCAGCAGCUCCAAAGAGAAUGGACAUCCUGGACACCACAGAUAACUCUGUGUCACUGGGAUGGCUGAAACCAGAGCAUGAUGGCGGUAGCCGCAUCCAGGGUUAUAUCAUUGAAGCUAAGCCAAAGGGUGCAGACAAAUGGGUUGUGAUUGGCAACACCACCAAUCUCACUUAUGUGGUUGAAAAGCUCAACAAGGGUGAUGAAUAUGACUUCCGUGUGAAGGCCAAGAAUGAGUCUGGCUACAGCUUGCCCAGGGAAACUCUGGCUCCUGCGCUGGUCAAAGAGCCUCACAUUGAACCUGCUGCUGACCUCAGUGAGCUCACCAAUCAGCUCAUCACAUGCAGGUCUGGCAGUUCCUUUACCAUUGAUGUUCCCAUCAGUGGUAGACCUGCUCCUACGGUAACCUGGAAGCUGGAAGAGAUGAGGCUAAAGAGCACAGACAGAGUCUCCAUCAAAGUAACGAAGGACAGAGCCAGCAUCACAGUCAAGGAGGCCAUGAGAGGAGAUGGUGGUAAAUACUACCUGACUCUGGAGAAUGUGGCAGGAACCAGGACCUUCACUGUUGAAGUUAAUGUCACAGGAAGACCCAGUCCUCCAACCGGACCCAUCGAAAUCUCAUCCAUCACCUCUGUGUCCUGUGUCCUUAACUGGCAACCACCAGAUGAUGAUGGAGGCACUGAUAUCACCAACUACAUCGUGGAGAAGCGUGAGUCUGGCUCCACAGCCUGGCAGCUGAUCAACUCCAGCGUGAGGGGCACAACUCUUGAUGUCAGUCACUUGACCAAGUACAUGCAGUACACAUUCAGGGUCUCUGCUGAGAACAGAUUUGGUGUCAGCAAGCCCACUGAGUCUAAGACUAUUGUCGCAGAGCAUCCUUUCACACCUCCUGGCCCACCAACAAGGCCUACAGUCUUUAACGUCACUGCUAAUACAAUGACCAUGAAAUGGGAGGAGCCUUACAGUGAUGGCGGAAGCAAAGUGACAGGAUACUGGAUUGAGAAGAAGGAGAGGAACAACAUCCUGUGGGUGAGGGAGAACAAGAUCCCUUGCUUUGAGUGCUACUAUAAGGUGGAAGGUCUGGUUGAAGGCCUGGAGUACCAGUUCAGGGUGUAUGCCAUGAACAGUGCUGGGUUGAGCAAAGCCAGCGAGGCCUCCAAGGGAGCAGUUGCUCAAAACCCAGUUGAUCCACCAAGCAAACCAGAAGUCACAAAUGUCACAAGAACCACUGUGUCGCUCAAAUGGUCAGCUCCACUGUAUGAUGGUGGCAGUCCCAUUGUGGGCUACAUCAUUGAGCGUAAGCCGUACACUUUGGCCGGUGAGGGCCGCUGGCUCAAAUGUAACUACACCAAUGUGACAGACACUUUCUUCACUGUUACCGCCCUGGGAGAGGGAGAGCCCUAUGAGUUCAGGGUCAUUGCUAAGAAUGCUAACCAGGUCCUCAGCAUUCCCUCGGUAUCCACCGGCUCUGUGCAAUGCAAGACCGACUUCGAGCCUCCAAAGGCCCAGCUGGACAGCAAGCUCCUGUCCGAAACUGUCAGGGUCAGAGCUGGUUCAGACCUGGUUCUGGACGCUGCUGUAGGAGGCAGGCCUGACCCCAAGGCUUCCUGGUCAAAGGGCAGUAGGGAUCUAGAGUUGUGUGAAAAGUACCACCUGCAGUACACUCCCACCAGGGCCAUGGCCAUCAUCAAGUUCUGCGACAGAGAUGACACUGGAAAGUACAUCCUCACUGUCAGGAACGUAAGCGGAACCAAGACUGCUGAGGUCAAUGUCAAAGUACUUGACACCCCUGGAGUAUGUGAAGGCAGCAUUGAGAUCAGCAAGAUCACAGAGGAGUCCUGCACGCUGAGCUGGAAGCCUCCUCUUGAGGAUGGCGGCGAUGACAUCUCCCACUACAUGGUGGAGAGGCGCGACACCAACAGACUCAACUGGGUCAUCAUGCAUGCCGAGUGCAAGGAACUCACCUGCAACAUCACCGGACUGUUCAAGAACACAGAGUACCUGUUCAGAGUCCGAGGCGUCAACAAGUAUGGAGAAGGAGUCAACCUCCAGUCAGAACCCAUGGUUGCCAGAAACACUUUCACCGUGCCAUCUCCUCCUGGUGCUCCAGAGAUCUUGGCAUCAGGAAAGGACUUUGCCACCAUUGAGUGGUUGAAGCCAGAGAGCGACGGUGGCAGCCCGCUGAUCCACUAUCUGGUGGAGAGGCGCGAGAGAAAGAGUGCUCGCUGGGUGAAGGUGAACAGGGACGGAGCUCAUUUGGACACCACAUUGAAGGUGUCUGGUUUGACCGAAGGCAACAUCUACCAGUUCAGAGUGACAGCCAUCAACAAGGCCGGAGAGAGCGAAGCCAGCGAGGUUUCUCUGUAUGUUGUCUGCAGAGUCCCAACAUGCACCCCUGCUCCUCCUUCCAUUCCCCGUAUCACUGACACCCACGCUGACAGCAUCAGCCUGGCCUGGUCCCGCCCCGUGGAGGACGGAGGAGCUGAUGUGAUGGGCUAUAUCCUGGAGAUGCAGGAAGCCGGAGCAGAGGAAUGGAAGAAGGCCCAUGAAAAGACCUUGCGUGCUACAGAAUACACUGUGACCGGACUUUCUGCAGGCAAGAAGUACUGCUUCAGAGUGGCUGGCAUCAACAUCAAUGGUACAGGAGACUUCAGUGAACCAUGUACUGAGACUGAGCCAGUUGAAAGAAUUGAAACUCCUGACUUCGAGCUCCACGAUGACCUGAAAAAGACCAUCUGCCUGCGUGCUGGAGGAUCCCUCCGCCUGUUUGUUAAUGUCAGCGGUCGUCCCACUCCCACCAUCACUUGGAGCAAGCCUGAUGUUGACCUCCAUAACAGAGGAUUCAUUGAUGUCACCAGCACAUCCACCACACUCAUCAUUGAUAGGGUCCACCGCUACGACGCUGGCAAGUACACACUGGUGGCUGAGAAUUCUGCCGGGAAACAGGAAGUCAGCAUUCUGGUCAAGGUCUAUGAUACUCCUGGACCAACUGGACCUAUCAAGAUCAAGGAGCUGACCAAGGAGUCUGCAACUAUUUCCUGGGAAGCCCCAACUGUGGAUGGCGGUGCUCCUGUCAACAACUACAUCAUUGAGAGGCGUGAGGCGUCUAUGAGAGCCUACAAGACUGUCACAUCCAAGUGCAGUAAGACAUCUUACAAGAUAGAUGGCCUGAUGGAGGGCAUGCUGUACUACUUCCGGGUCCUCCCUGAGAACAUCUAUGGUAUUGGUGAGCCCCGCGAGACUCCUGAUGUCGUCCUGGUUUGCGAGGUGCCUCUGCCGCCACAGAAACUGGAGAUGAUUGAUGUCACCAAGACCACCGUCACCCUGGGCUGGGAAAAGCCUGAGCAUGAUGGUGGCAGCAGGCUGACGGGUUACAUCAUUGAAGCCUGCAAGUUCGGCACAGACAAGUGGAUGAAGGUGGCCACACUGAAGACCACAGACUUUGAGCACAUUAUCGAUAAGCUGAAUGAGGGCGAGCAGUACUUGUUCAGAAUCAGAGCAAUCAACAGCAAAGGAGCCAGCGAGCCCAAAGAGCUUGUUACAGCCAUCACUGUACAGGAACAGAGAGUGAUGCCUGUGGUGGACUUCUCCAGCAUUCCUCAGAAGGUUAUCAAUGUCUUGGCUGGCAAGACUCUGGAGCUGGACCUGCCCAUCAUUGGCCGGCCUCCUCCCGUCUGCUCCUGGUACUUCAAAGAUAACAAAGUCAAAAUCACAGACCGUGUCAAGAUCAAGAGCACUGGCAAAUUCUCCAAACUUACCAUGUCUGACACCACUAUCGACGACAGUGGUGACUACACCCUGGAGGUGAAGAACGCCGUUGGUGUUAUCUCUGAGGUCAUCAAGGUCAUCAUCCUCUCUAAACCUGAUGAACCACAGGGACCUAUCAGGUUUGAUGAGGUCGAUGCUACCUUCGUCAGCUGCAGCUGGGAUCCUCCGGCCAGACAAGGCGGAGCUCCCAUCAGUGGCUACGUGGUGGAGCAGCGCGACGCUCACAGACCUGGCUGGGUGCCUGUCUGUGAAUCUGUUAGCCGACCAACCUUCAAGUUUGAAAACCUGAUCGAGGGGGAUGAAUAUGUCUUCCGUGCUGCUGCCAUAAAUCGCUACGGCACUGGAGAGUUCCUGCAGUCUGAGAUCGUCACCUGUAGGAGCAUGAAGAAUGCGCCUGGACCUCCUGGCCGUCCAACCGUCUUUGAUGUUUCUCGUGACGGCAUGACCGUGGCCUGGAACCCACCUGAUGAAGACGGUGGCCUUGAGGUUUCUGGAUACAUUAUUGAGCGUAAAGAAGUCAGGUCUGACAGAUGGGUGCGUGCCAACAAGAAUCCCAUCACCAUGACCAGAUACAGAUCGACAGAGCUGAUCGAAGGCCUGGAGUAUGAACAUAGAAUCACCGCCAUUAAUGCCAGAGGAGUGGGCAAACCAAGUCUGCCAUCCAAACCAGCAGUGGCAACAGAUCCCAUUGAUCCACCUGGCUGUCCUCAGAACCCGAGGAUCACCGAUACCACCAAAUCCUCCGUGUCACUGGCUUGGAGUCCUCCCGAUGAGGAGGGAGACGCAAGGGUGGACGGUUACUUGAUUGAGAUGCAGAAGGUGGGCACCAUGGCCUGGAUCAAGUGCAACACCUCACCAUCUCUGAUCUGCGAGUACACGCUGACCAAAAUGCCACAAGGAGAGGAGUUCAAAUUCCGUGUGAUGGCCUGCAAUGCCGGCGGCUGUGGAGAGCCUGCUGAAGUUCCUGGAACUGUUGUUGUGACAGAGAUGCUUGAGUCUCCUGACUAUGACCUGGAGCUGAAAUACAAAGACGUGUACGUGGUACGUCAUGGAGGCGUGAUCAGACUCUCUGUACCCAUCAAGGGUAAACCUCAUCCAACCUGCAAGUGGUCCAAAGAUAGCGGUCCAGUCUCCACCAAGGCCAUGAUUGCCUCCACAGAGGAUGCCAGUGAGCUGGUGAUCAAGGGAGCUGAGAGAAGUGACUCUGGCGUGUAUGACCUCCUCCUAGAGAAUAAGGUUGGCAAGAAGAAAGCCCAGAUCAAGGUGAAGGUCAUUGGCCGCCCAAGUGCUCCAGAGGGACCAACAGUCUUUGAAGAAAUCCAGGCUAACUCUGUCAAGGUGUCCUGGAAGGUGCCCAAGGAUGACGGUGGCUCAGAGAUCCUGGGUUACAUCGUAGAAAGACGUGAGGCAGCCAGAAACGCAUGGUACACUGUGGACUCUAGAGUGACUGACACUCAGCUGGUUGUUAAGGGCCUGAAGGAGGGAACAGAGUACCACUUCAAGGUCACAGCUGAAAACGCCUUUGGUAUCAGCGCCUCUCUGAAGUCAGACAAACCACUGGUGCCCACGACUCCUCUCUGUCCCCCUGAGCCUUCAGGCACUCCACCAGAGAUCAUGGAUGUUACCAAGAGCUCUGUGGCACUGGCCUGGUCCAGACCAAAGGACGAUGGUGGUUCUGCCAUCACUGGCUACUUUGUUGAAUACAAGGUGGUGUCAGCUGAGACAUGGUCCCGCCACCAGACCAAGAUCACCUCCACCAUGUUUACUCUGCCUGGACUCACCCCCGAUGCAGAGUACCAGUUCCGCAUUGUUGCUGUCAACGACAUUGGCGAGAGCGAGGCUGGUCCUGUUUCUGAUGUGGUCACAUGCAAGGAUCCAUUUGACAAACCAAGUCAACCAGGCGAGAUUGACACAGUAAAUGUGACAAACAACUUCAUCACUAUUCGCUGGCAAGCUCCAGAAUGUGAUGGUGGAAAGGAGGUCCUGGGCUACUGGGUGGAGUACAGGAAGUCCAUUGAGAGCACCUGGAAGAAGUGCAACAAGCAGAGACUGAAGGAAAAAGAGUUCACCAUGCCUGGACUGGCUGAGGCCACGGAGUAUGAGUUCAGAGUGUUUGCUGAGAAUGAGACAGGAAUGAGCAGACCUCGUAGGACUGCCACAUGCAUCAAGACCAAACUGAGUGCUGAAAGUAAACCAGGCCUGAGAAAGGAAAUGGAUGAAGUAACUGCCAAGCUUGGCCAGCCUGCCGUCAUGAAGUGCCAGAUUAUUGGCAGGCCUGUCCCUGAAAUCAAGUGGUAUCAUGCCGGCAAGGAGAUUGUUGAAUCCCGUAAGUACGAAAUGAGCUCCGAUGGCCGCAACCACUCGCUGUCCAUCAUGACCGAUCAGCAGGAGGAUGAGGGACAGUACACCUGCAAGGCCAUCAAUGACGCUGGAGAAGCCGAGACCACAGGCGUCUUAGUGUUGGAGGCUGCUGCAUCCUUCCAUCCUGAUUACCCACUAAAGGAAACCUACUACGCCGGCCUGGGAUCCACUCUGCGCAUCCAUGCCGUCUACAUCGGCCGUCCUGAGCCAAAGAUCAUGUGGCUGCAUGGGGCAAAGACUCUGGAGAACACGGAGGACAUCAGCAUUGAGACCACCGAGCACUACACACACCUGGUGAUCAAGAACGUGCAGCGCAGAGUCCAUGGAGGCAAAUACAGGAUUAGACUGCAUAACCACUUCGGCAGAGCUGACACAGCAUUCAAUGUUGAAAUUUAUGACAAACCUGACAUGCCUCAAGGUCCAAUUGUGCUGGAGGCCCUCCUGAAGAACUCUGUCAUCAUCAGCUGGAAGGCUCCCAAGGAUGAUGGAGGCUGCAUGAUCACCAACUACAUUGUGGAGAAGCGAGAGGACAAGGAGGGUACUGAGUGGGAACUGGUGUCCUCAUCCAUCAAUAGCACAUCUUGCCGUGUGCCAAACCUCACUGACAGCGCUGGAUACUUCUUCCGUGUGUACGCUCAGAACCGCUAUGGCAACAGCGAACCACUGGAACUCACUUCUCCUAUCCUUAUCAAGAGCCAACUGGACAAACCAUCACCACCUCUGUCGCCAGUUGUUUCUGGAAUCACCAAGGACUCCUGCGUGGUUUCCUGGAAGCCUCCACUCAGUGAUGGCGGGUCCAAGAUCAAGAGCUAUUACCUUGAAAAGAAAUUCAAGAAGGAUAAGAGGGAAUGGAGUGAUUGGACACCAGUAACCACAGACGAGAUCAAACAGACUGUGUACUCCGUCAAGCGUCUGACCGAGGGUGUCGAGUGCAUUUUCCGCGUGAGGUGCGAGAACCUCGGAGGACAGAGCGACUACAGCGAGGAAACCACUCCCAUUGUUCCAGCCACCGCCGUCGAGCUCCGUGCUCCUGCCUUCAAGGAGGAGCUGAGGAACAUGAGUGUCAAGUACAAGAGCAAUGCUACCCUUGUGUGCAAGAUCACAGGACAGCCCAAGCCUGUGAUCAAAUGGUUCAGACGAGGAAAGGAGAUCCACUCUGAUGGACAGAAGAUCAAGGUUCAGGAGUUCAAGGGUGGUUAUCACCAGCUGGUCAUCACGGAGGCUGAUGAGGAAGAUUCCACUGUGUACCAGAUCAGGGCCACCAACCAGGCAGGCUCCAUCUGUGCUACAAUUUCUCUGGAUGUUGAAAUCCCUGCCAAGAUCCACCUGCCCAAGAACCUGAAAGACAAGGAAGCCAUCCCAGCCCGGCGUGGAGAAGUGGUCAAUAUCAAGAUUCCUUUCAGUGGCAAACCAGAUCCUGUCAUCACAUGGCAGAAAGGACAAGAUCUUAUUGACAGCAAUGGCCACUACCAGGUCAUUGUCACCAGAUCAUUCACCUCUUUGGUGUUCACCAAUGGAGUGGAGAAGAAGGAUGCUGGCUUCUACAUCGUCUGUGCCAAAAACAGAUUUGGCAUUGACCAACAAACAGUUGAGCUGGAUGUUGCUGACGUUCCUGAUCCUCCACGUGGCAUCAAAGCCAGUGAUGUCUCCAGAGACACAGUCACACUGAACUGGGUGGCCCCAGCAAAUGAUGGAGGCAGCAGGGUCAUCAACUACAUCAUUGAGAAGUGUCCCACCACUUCUGAGAGAUGGCAGCGUGUUGCCCAAUCCCGUGACACUCGCUAUACCGUUACCAAUCUGUUUGGAGGAACCGGCUAUCAGUUCAGAGUCAUCGCUGAGAACAAGUUUGGACAGAGUGCUCCAUCUGAGACCAGCGGAUCUGUUAUGACCAAAGAGGACAAAUCAAGAGUUCUGCUCUAUGACAGGGAGGUUGACGAUACCGAACGUGUUCACAAGAGCAAGGCUCCACACUCAGAAGUCAAGAAUAUGCACAACAAAUACGCCAUUGCAGAGGAAUUGGGCAGAGGUCAGUUUGGUAUUGUCCACCGCUCUGUUAACAUCAGCACUGAGAAGACCUACAUGGCUAAAUUCUUCAAGGUGAGAGGCGCAGAUCAAGCAAUAGUAAAGAAAGAAAUUGCAACACUGAAUCUGGCCAAACAUACCAACUUCCUCCUCCUCCAUGAGUCAUUUGACAGCCCCGAGGAGCUGGUGUUGAUCUAUGACUUCAUCUCUGGUGUUGACAUAUAUGAGCGCCUCAACACAGCAGAGUUUGAGCUUAAUGAGCGUGAGAUUAUCAACUAUAUCAGGCAGGUCUGCUCAGCUCUUGAGUACCUGCAUGCACAGAGCUAUGGACACUUUGAUAUCAGACCGGAGAACAUUGUGUACACAACUAGAACCAGCUCCCAUGUGAAAAUUAUUGAGUUGGGCCAGGCAAGACACCUGACUCCUGGAGACAUAGUCAAGAUUCAGUAUACCACUGCAGAGUAUGCUGCCCCUGAGAUCCACCAGUGUGACAUGAUUAGCACUGUCACUGACAUGUGGUCAGUUGGUGUCCUUGCCUACGUGCUACUCAGUGGACUGAACCCAUUCACAGCUGAAACCAACCAGCAGAUGAUUGACAACAUCUCCACGGCAGCCUACAGCUAUGAUGACGAGUCUUUCAAGACUGUCAGUGUCGAGGCAUUAGACUUCACUGACCGCCUAAUGACAAAGGAACGUAAGCAUCGUAUGACUGCUGCUGAGGCUCUGGCACAUCCUUGGCUGACCAAGCCUGUAGAGGAGAUCAGCGCCAGAGCGAUCCCAACCGGCAGGCACAAGAGAUACUAUCAACAAAUGGUGAGGAAAGAGUGGAACACUGUUGUCUCUGCAGCCCGUGUGGCCAGCGGCGGCUCCAUCAGGUCCCAGCGUGGUGUCUUUGUCGCCAAGGUGAAGAUCGCUCCGUUUGAACAUGGUCCUGUUGGAGGCCAGGUUGGCCAUGCAGUGGCGAAUGAGGGAGACACUGUGAAAUUCAUCUGCAACAUCGACAACUACGACAGUACCACUGAAGUGACGUGGUACUGCGGCGUCAGGCAGCUUGAAGCAGGUGACAAAUAUGAAAUUGAGUAUGAGGACGGUCUUGCUGUAAUCACCAUCAACAAGGUCACCAGAGCAGAUGAUGGCACAUACAGAUGUAAGGUUGUGAAUGAGUAUGGUGAGGACAGUGUCUACGCAGAGCUGUUUAUCAGCAGUGUCAGAUCUUACCGUGACUUCUUCACCACCCGCGUGGUCAAGAAAACAAAACGCAGGAUUGACACUGCCAGAAUGCUUCAGAAGCCACCAGAGUUCACCCUUCCUCUGGUCAAUCGCACAGCCUACCUUGGUGAGGAUGUGCGCUUUGCCGUAACCAUCACUGUUCACCCUGACCCUCGUGUCAUCUGGCACAAAUCCGGACAGAAGCUCAUCCCUGGACAUGAUGACAGGAAAUACACCUUCAUCAACGACAAGGGCCUGUACCAGAUGAUUAUCCACAAGGUAGAGGAGGAGGAUGAUGCUGAGUACAGCGUUGUGGCACGUAACAGGUAUGGUGAUGAUAGCUGCAAGGCUCGUCUUACGGUUGUUCCUCGACCUAAACCAGCAGACCUCACCCUGAGGCCCAUGUUCAAACGCCUGCUCGCAAAUGUCGAGUGCAGGGAGGGCCAGAAUGUGCGCUUUGAGAUCAGAGUAUCUGGCCAUCCCACACUGAAGUGGGAGAAGGAUGGCAUGCCUUUAGCCUUUGGGCCAUCUAUUGAGGUUGUCCAUGAGGGCCUGGACUACUUCAUCCUUCAUGUGAAAGACACUCUGGCUGAGGACUCAGGUGUUUACAGAGUUACUGCCACGAACUCUGCUGGAUCUGCCAGUUGCCAGGCCAUGCUCAAAGUAGAACGCGUCACUCAUGUAAAGAAGGAAUAUGAGGCAGCUGAAAAGAAGGAGGAAAAGAUGGCUGGAAAGGAAGAAAUAGACAAAAAAGUGAGGCUGUCUCAGAUUUUGGCAGACACCGUAUUUACUCCUCUACCACCUGCAGCAGUACAAGCUGUCAGGGAGGCAGCCACCAUGUUCAAACCUGCUUUGACAACUAAGAAGGGUGAGAAGACUGAGGCUGAGAUACAGAAAGAAAAAGAGGAGAGGAAGAAACGUGCUGAUGAGAAGAGGCUGCGUAUGCCUUACGACGUCCCCACUCCUCGUGUUGUUAACCAAGCUGCUCUUGAAGAGGAUGUGGAAAUAAAACACUUUAAGCCACUCUCUGACAUGAAAUGGUACAAGAAGCUGCGGGAUCAGUAUGAGUUCCCUGAGCCUAUGGAUAAAAUCAGGCAGAAGAGGAUGAAGCGCAUCCGUCUCUCCAGGUGGGAGCAGUUCUACGAGGUGCCUAUCAGGAUCAAAGACCAGUACAAGCCAAAGUGGCGUUUCUCAUCCAUGACUCAGGAUGAUUUAGAGACUGUGAGGCCUGCAAGGCACCGCACUCCUUCUCCUGAGAUAGAUGCCUACCACAGGAUCAGGAGGAGGUCCCUGGGUGACCUGUCAGACGAGGAGCUACUGCUGCCUGUGAAAGAGUACCUGUCGAUGAAGAGAACCGAGGAGGAGAGGCUUCGUCUGGAGGACGAGCUGGAGUAUGGUUACUCUGCCUCUCCACCGAGCCUCAGCCCGGUCCGCUUCGAGCUGUCCGCCCUGCGUCCUUCAUCUCCUAGAAGAGUUUACAGUGACGAUGAAGAGGAAGAAGAAAUCCGCAGAUACGACUCCUACAGAAUCCCAUCUAAAUACGAGGCUGGCCCGAGUUUUGUUGAGCUCCGCCAGCGUCACGACAAAGCCACAUACAAACCUCCGAGACAGAAGCAGAGGGUGUAUGAAGAGAGAGAAGAUCAGGAGCUGCUGCGCCCACACACAACUAUGCAGAGAAUGGCCACUUACAAGAGUGAGCUCAGACGCAUGGAGUUUGAGGAGAAGACUCGAACAUCAAAGAAGGAAACAACUGUCCAUGUUGCGACAGUCUCUCAGGGCGUUGAAUCAGAGCACCUGACAGCUUUCACCUCAGAAUAUAUUCCCAAACCAAUCAAGAAGCUCCCAAUGCCUGAACCUAAGAGGAGAUCUCCCACCCCAGAAAGGGCUGUCAAAACUGAAGUGACUCUUCCUAGAGUUGACUUUGCUUCCAGGUAUGAGGAGAGAAAGCAGGCUCUUAGAUCAGAGAGAAGAUCAGUGGAGAGGAAGGUCGAGGUGGUGACCCAGGCUCCCUUCAGCCUGGACCACACCCCACUCAUCACCAUCAGGAUGCGAUCUCACCGCGUACCCUAUGGCUCCAACACAAAGUUCACCCUGAAUGUUCAGGCCAAACCAGAGCCUGAAGUCAAGUGGUUCCACAACGGAAAAGAGAUCCAUCAGACCAGCAAAUACAAUAUGACCAACAUCAGCGGGGUUCUGACACUCGCCAUCAACAACUGUGUGACUGAAGAUGCUGGCACUUAUCGUGUCGUCUGCAGGAACGCCAAAGGGGAGACUUCUGACUAUGCCACAUUGGAUGUAGCACGAGCAGAAUACGCUGCCUUCUCUUCACUUCGCAAAGACGAGGAGCCUCCAUCCUCCCACCUGCCAGAGAUGACUAGAACAGAGGUGUAUCACGUCUCCUCCUCAUCUACAAAAACUGUGAAGGAGAGUGUGACUACAACUGUGAAAGAGACCACUACUGUUGUUGAGAAGCGAAAGGAGAAGCAGAGUGUUCCCCCCAAGAUCCUGACCAAACCGCAGUCCCUGACUGUAGAGGAGGGAGGCCUCGCCAGGUUUGAGUGUGAUGUGGAUGGCGAACCAGCACCGUCUAUGACCUGGCUGCGUGAAGGAGCAGUUGUUGGUCCCUCUGCCCGUCACCACAUUGUCUCUGCUCAGUACAGCUCCUCCUUUGAGAUUUCUGCUGUUGAGAAGUUAGACGAAGGCAGCUACACUCUGCUGGUGGAAAAUGCUGGAGGCAAACAGGAGGCCCAUUUCACUCUGACCAUCCGCAAGUCUGAGUCCAAGCAGAAGGUGGUUGCCGCUCCCAGAGUCACCUCUCCAGAGGCCAAGUCCCCUCUCGCUAAGUCCCCUGAACCUGUCAAAUCUCCUCAGAGAGUCAAGUCCCCUGAGCCAAUCAAGUCACCUCAGAGAGUCAAGUCUCCAAUCUCGCCAAAAUCCCCGACACCAAAGUCCCCAACUCCCAAAUCCCCAACUCCAUCUGACAAGGAACGAGUGAUGUCCCCAAUCAAGUCACCCAAGAGAGUGAUGUCACCAACUGUUGAGAAGAAACCGUCCUUCUCUGUCGGGCUGAGCAACGUCACUGCAGCCUCCGACUCUGUUGUCAAGCUCUCAGUGAAGGUAACAGGAGAGCCCAAACCUGCCAUCUCAUGGAUGAAGGAUGGAAAGGCUGUGUCUCAGGGUGGGAAGUAUGAAAUCUUUGAGGAGUAUGGCUCAGCUUAUCUUGAAAUCUAUGAAGUGGAGGCCUCUGACAGCGGUGUGUACAAGUGCACUGCUACAAAUGGUGCCGGAGCAGUAUCAACAACCUGCACAGUCACUGUCCGGGGUCAGUUUGAUACUGUGGUCACAGCCAAGCGCUCAGACGCACCUCACAUCCUGGUGCAGCCCCGGUCCCAGAUUGUGAAUGAGGGACAAAAUGUUAAACUCACAUGUGAACUCGCAGGAGAGCCUUCCCCUGACGUGGAGUGGUUAAAAGACAACAUGACCAUACCUGUCACAUCAAACAUUAGACUGAGCCACUCGAACACUGUGUACACUCUGGAGAUUUGUGAGGCCACAGUUGCAGACAGCGGGAAAUACACAAUAAAAGCCACGAAUGCCUUUGGACAGUGCUCCGCAACGUCCUCCCUUAACGUCCUCACUCUUAUUGAAGAACCAACAAAAAUGAUUAUUGUAGAGCAAAGAGCUUCUGACGCUGCUGCCAGCAUGCAGAAAACUUUAUCUGGCUCAUCAGUUCGUAUGGAGGCAGCUUCCAUGCAGGCCAGCAGUUUCAGCAGCAGCUCCAGCUCUGCUGCUGAGUAUUCGUUUGAGAGCAUGUCUACAUCUAGCAUGUCUGCCAUGAUGGCUGAGUCAAUGAUUUCCAUGAGCUCCAGCAGCCAAAUGAUGGAGAUGUCUGCUCACUCGCAUGCAGAGGCCUCCUCCUCGCUGAGGGCCCUCACAACAGGGCUUCAAAGAGGCACUCCACCAAAGAUCGAAGCUCUCCCGCAGAAUGUCAGCACUGAGCUGGGGAAGUCCUUGACUGUGGCAGGAGUGUUCUCCGGAGAUCCCGCACCCUCCGUCCAGUGGGUCCACUCAGGUCGGACCCUCCCCAACGGGAAUGAGCGGUGCCACGUGGAGAACACCGCCGACCUCUCCACCCUGGUGAUCUCUGGGGUGAAGGAGGGAGACAGCGGAGCGUACACCCUCCGACUUUCCAACGAGUUCGGCUCCGACUCUGCAACUGUCAACGUUCACAUUCGGUCCCUGUAAAAAGAAAAAAAAAAAAAAGUUAAUCUUUAUCCCCGUUUCCCUCUUCCACAACCUUUUUAUUUAGUGAAUUAGCAACGAUAAUCUUACGUGAUAAAGACCUGGAUUUCUGUUCUUGUAAAUAUGAACUAUUUUUGUACCAAACUUGACAUUAAUUUAUGCCAAACUAGACUAAAGUCUAAAGUUGUUAUAAAAUGUGCCAUAUUGGACAAUUAUGACUUAGGAUUUUUGAACAACUUUUCUGUGACAUGUACAUAAUGUAUAUAGCCGAAUUUAACGGUUAUGGGAAAUGUAUGCAUUGUUAUUUAUGACAAUAAUAUUAACUGAAACAAAAGAACAAAUGUUUUAACAGGAGAAAGUUUCACUAAGAACGAAUACCCUGUCAAACUGAGAAACUAAACUCUGUGCCUCAACGAUAAGUUGAAGUCUUUAAGAUUGCCUCAACAGGUAGAGAGGCUCCCUGUUGACGUUAUGAAACAAAAAGACAAAGUUAUUGUUUGGACACGCGUCUGCGUGAGAUAUUACAGUUUCCUAUGAGUUGUACCAUGAGCGUAAGACCCUGAAUGCUGUUUGCAUUACCCUCAUGUAAGCAGCAUGAACCGGCCUUGUGCUCAGACUGACUGUGUCAUACCACCAUGAUUUGAUGACCAGCUCAGAGUGCGAGCGGCCUGCACUCUCAGCGUUUAGAUCAUUUUAAUAAAGAGCGCUGUUUCUGCACAGGACGGCCGGACCGGCUUUCAAAAACGUAACAUCUCCUGGCCAUAAAAGAGGAAGUCACCGCCGGCUCUGCUGUGCAGAAGCAGCGCUGUCUCUCGGAGGAUAGCUAGCUAAUGUGUUUGUGUGUUGCAGUGGGAGUGUUUGUAGCUUGUAGUCAGUUCACCUUGUCAGUAGUCAGGGUCUUUUGUUAGCCACAGGGACUCCACCUCCUGUGAGAAAAAAGAAAAGUCAUGUUUUUCCCUGCACUUUGAUUUAAUUGAUCUGUUAAUGUAGAAAUAUAUUUCAUCCUCCUUGAGUUUUAUGCAUUUCUGAUUUAAUAAAGCAUGAUUUCAGCAC